AUCCCCAGCGGGGUUGCCGAGUCGUUCCGACGGAGGGCUGCCGACGCUUGUGCGCGUGCGCGUUCGCCUCUUCUCCCUCCCUCCCACCCGCCGGCAUAUUCCGGCGACCAGACGCCUUGACGCGGCUGAGGAGAAGAGAUGGCGGCGCCGGCGGAGGGAGCCUUGGCGGGGAGAGCGAGCGAGGGCUCCCGAGGGGAGGCUGAGGCGACGCCGCGAGGGCUCCGUCCUGAGCUGUAACGGCCCUUUCCCCGCGACCCGGCCCAGCGGAGAGGAGGGAGCCCCUUCUUCCGAGCCGCCCCCCUCAGUCUCUUCCCAGCGCCCCUCAGGCGGGGAUUAUGCGCGGCUCCUCCUCCGCGGAUCCUCCGCAGGCCGCGCGGGGCAGAGUCUCCCUCGCCCGAGGAGGCCCAUGAGGGGAAAGCUCCUGGCUCCGGCCUGCUAGUGCCUCGCCGGGACAGGCGGCCUCCUGCCUGCCUUCCUGCCUGCUCGCCAGCCAUGUAUUUCCUGAGCGGGUGGCCGAAGAGGCUGCUGUGCCCCGCCGAGGCCAGGGAGCCCCCGCUCCGCAUCCAGGCCGACCCGCAGCGGACUCUGUUCGCCGUCUUGUCCCGCUCCCAGCUCGGCAUCUGGUACAACAGGGUGAGUAGGAGGAGACCCUCGCUGGGCCGUCGCCCGCUUCAAUUAUUAUUAUUAUUAUUAUUAUUAUUAUUAUUAUUACCUGGGCGGCUUCCAGCAGAAUAUAAAAACAUAAUAAAAUGCAGCGGCGUAGCAACCCCCGCCGGCGCCUGGGGUUGGAGGUUUAAAUAAGACAAACAACUGUCUGACUUUUAGAAGACAUCUGAAGGCAGCCCUGUUUAGGGAAGUUUUUUAAUGUUUGAUGUGUUUUUAAUAUUCUGUUGGGAGCCGCCCAGAGUGUCUGGGGAAACCCAGCCAGAUGGGUGGGGUAUAAAUAAUAUUUAUUAAUUAUUAUCAUUAUUAUUUUAGAUGCUUCAAAGUGGUCAAGCUCUUUUUAGGAGAUGCCUAGGACUGCCUACCACAGGCUUCCUCAAACUCAGCCCUCCAGAUGUUUUUGGCCUUCAACUCCCAUGAUCCUUAGCUAGCAGGAGCAGUGGUUAGGGAUGAUGGGAAUUGUAGUCUCAAAACAUCUGGAGGGCCGAGUUUGAGGAAGCCUGACCUACCAAUUCCCAUGCAGCUCCAAUGCUCCCCACCCCCGGUGACACUCGGAUGCCCUGCAGGCCCCCCCUCGUGGCAACCAGCAUUCCCCCGUGGCGCCCAGUCCACCCCACCCCCCCAUUGUAAAACGUCUAACAUUGAAAACUUCCCGAUCCAGGGCUGCCUUCAGGUGUCUUUUAAAAGUUGUGUAGUUCUUUAUCUCCUUGACAUGGGAUGGGAGGGCGUUCCACAUGGAGGGUGCAUAUGAAAUAUAACUGAUAGACUUCUACAGGAUGGGGUAUUAGUGUGUGGAAACAGUCCAGAUCCAAGAAUCCCCAAGCAUGCACCUCCAGAUGGUGAUGUCAGGCGUAAGUGGUCAAUAGCUAGGUGCAAAAUGUGCCUGGCAAAUUUUGAACACUGGUUUGACUGAGCUCAAUGAGAUCAGAGGGCUGUUGUUUUAAUGGGUUUGAGCCUAAGCUUAAAAGCCUGACUUCAAAAACCCUACACAGUCGGGUUUUUAAUGUGUGACUUUGGUUAGAGCCUCUGCUCUUUGACAUCAAAUUUGGAAAUGAUUGGCCUACUUCACAGUUGUUUCAUGUUAACUUGCCUUAGUAAAGGGAAUGCCAGCAAGACUUAUGGCGAAUACAUAGUAUCAUUGUGUUGUGUGGUCUUUUGAACGAUCAGGGCAGGGUCCUCUAAAUUCAGGGAUGCCUCCCAAUCGUUCUCCUCGCCUUCUUGCCUGCAGCCUUCAGAUUGAUUGAUUUCCAGGGCUCGUUACUUACAUAAAUAACUCUGAAAAUAUGAGAAAGUUGGGUUUGAAUGAUGCUCAUUUAUAGGGGCAGUGCCCCACAGUUUUGAUUGUCCGGUUCUCUUGUAGGUUAAUUAGUUGCUGAAGCUAAAGUCCCUAUUUUUUCAAAUACUCAUUUCAGUUUAAAAUGUUGGCACAUCUGAUCUAUUUUUCAGUUCUAUCUUCUGCUGUACUAUAGCAAUGAUUCAGGUACAUAUAAAUUAAUAUUUCCAAUAAUAUGUUCACUAAACUUUUAAAAGAAACAGUGGAUAACAUUAAGUGCAGCCUAUACCUACAUUCUGACCCCAAAUGAUCAUUGCUCUUUCAUGAUUUCUACACAUAUACAGUGUGAAAAUCCACAAAGACCAAUUUUGGUCAUACACCUUAAGUCUGAAUGUUCGGUUUUUACACAGGUUUCUAUUCAGGAAGAGUCAAGUACCAUUCAUUAGAUCUGGAAAAACAUACUUUCUUUCAAUUUUACACAGUGAGUCUGUACCUUUCAAGCACAGCUUGGCAAUGACAGUUCUGCUGACAAUAGUUACCUACCAGCUUCUCCAUAUGGCAGGGAACUGGAACUGGAACUAACUGCUAAUCUGAUCAGCUCUGAUCAGAUUUAAGGUGGUUCAGUGAUCAUGGAUGAUGGAAGUUUUAACUGAACAAUUUGGAGGGUCACAGGUUUUCUGUCUCUGCCAUAUGGUGUUCAUGCUUUAGCAAAAUGCUCUAGAGUUGAAAUUUCAAAGGCUGCAGGGAAAUGUGUUUCCCCCCUCUAGUCUAGACGUUGAUAGGAUACUAAAAUCAAACUCCAAUCUGUUGCUUUAAGUUGGUCAAAGCAUCUUUUAUCAAUUUUAAAAAUGGCAAUAAAGGAAAGCAAGUUUCAGAUGCUAGUGAAUUGCUUAGCUUCUAGUUCAGCUGGUGCCUAAUACCUAUGACGCAAUGUUUUACAGUGUCCCUUUGUCACCUGUGAUGACUUCAAGUAGGUCGGCUUCAGUCUUUCUCUCUGUGUGAUGUUGUCAUAUUUCAAAACCUUUAACACGUUUAUGACCAAAGUCCUAAUGCCAAUAAUUUGUGAUAGUAUUAUUUACUUGGAACAUAACUGCAAAGCUUUAUUGUUCUCACUGCUCCAUUAAAAAAAAGGAUAUUGUAGAUCUGGAAAAGUGGCAGAAAGGAGCAAUAAAAAUGAAGAUGAUUAGAUAACCUUUGUGACUUUUUAGUUUAAUUAAAGAUAGCUCUGGGGCCUCAUGAGAGUUUAUUAAAAUUACAGCAAGGGGAGAGAGUUUCUCUUCCUGGCACAAAUAAUAGAACUUGGGGUAACCCAGUGAAGUUAGUUAACCGUAGGUUAUGGAUGGGCAAAAAGAAGUGCUCCUUCAUUCCUGUUGUAAGUGCCGUAUUUUUCGCUCUAUAAGACGCACCAGACCACAAGACGCACCUAGUUUUUGGAGGAGGAAAACAAGAAAAAAAAUAUUCUGAAUCUCAGAAGCCAGAACAGCAAGAGGGAUCGCUACGCAUUGAAAGCAGCAAUCCCUCUUGCUGUUCUGGCUUCUGGGAUAGCUGCGCAGCCUGCAUUCGCUCCAUAAGACGCACACACAUUUCCCCUUACUUUUUAGGAGGGAAAAAGUGAGUCUUAUAGAGCAAAAAAUACGGUAAUUGGAAUUCACUGCCACAGCAUGUAGUGAUGGCCAGCAGCUUAGACGACUUUAAGUAGGUUAGGGUACAGUACUGUACACAAUUAACCUGAGAAUAAGCCCUGUUGAACGCAGUAGGAUUUACUAAUGGGUAAACAAGCUUACUAUUAUGUUGCAAAAUGUUUCAGUGGUCUGUCAAUAUCUGUUAGUUAUGACAGUUGAAUGUGACUUCCAUUCACAUGCAGUGUAUACACUUAAUCCCCAAGUUUUGGGGGACAAACAGGCUUAUAACUUCCAAAGUACAGUGGUACCUCAGGUUACAUACGCUUCAGGUUACAGACUCCGCUAACCCAGAAAUAUUACCUUGGGUUAAGAACUUUGCUUCAGGAUGAGAACAGAAAUCGUGCGAUGGCGGCGGCAUGGCGGCAGCAGGAGGCCCCAUUAGCUAAAGUGGUGCUUCAAGUUAAGAACAGUUUCAGGUUAAGAACAGACUCCCAGAACGAAUUAAGUUCUACAGGUACCACUGUAGACAAUUACUAUGAUGCUCUGUUGUGAGAGUCUGUAUGUGCACAGGGAUUGAGGGAUACUGACAGGGGAGAGUGCCUGUUUUAAACAAUGGCAGAUGUUUCAGUAGGGCAAAGUGACACAGAGAGAGAAAUGACAGUUUGAGUGCAGCAAGAAAGGAAUUUGGAAAGGUUAUCUUGUGCUGGGUUUUUGGUGUUGUCUUUUGUGUUGUACCCAUCUCUGCUAUUUUUCCUUGUUAAAACUGGCUUGUUUGUUUGCAGUUGUUUAAAGACACCACUUUCCUCUCAGUUUCCCUCCCACUUUAACUUCUGUCGUUCUUUAAAAUAGCAAUUUCUCCCCUUUCUGCUUGUCUCCCUCCUCACUGUACUCAAACUUAUUCUAUUUCUGUUUCCUCAUGUGAGAGAGAUAAAGGAUGUAGAGGCCUCAAUUGUUCCUAAGUACCGUCACACAAUGUAUUUCACUCCUGGUACCAUGUGUGCUGUCUUCAACAUGAAGUUCCAAGUUCAGUGUAGUAAUUUAGUACAGGUAUUUCAUCAACAGGCAAACACCUGUAGAUGUACAACAUCCAUCAACCAAAAUAACCUCCUUUAACUGAACAAGCUACAUUAUGGGCUUGUUUUUCAGAUUCUGUUCUCCUUAAAGGUACUGUGACAUACAUACAUCAUUACUGCAUAUGUAUACAAAGGGGGUUACAGAAUAGAGAAAAGCUAUGGAAGUGGGGGCAAUCUGUGGGCAGAGUUGAGAAGAGUAAGGAAGGGCUAGGAAAAAGGGGAUGAAUGUGAAAAUGGAGGUGCAAAAGAGGUUGCUAAAAGGAGAGACUAGGGGGCAUGGAAAUAGGGUUGAACGUGAAACCAGGGGCAUUGAAAAGUCUGCAGAAUAGGAGGCUUCAUAAUGGGAUGGAGGGGUAAAGGGUGCUUUGUAGUUGCAACAUGAGAGAGGAGGAAAUUGCAGGAAGUUACCACAGGGUGCUUUAUGUGCAAGGGAGGGGGAUGCACAAAAAGAGGGAAAGGAAAAGUGGCUUCAAAAAUGGGGUUGGGAGAGUGAAAAGUGAUCUUAGUGGCAUAGGAAAAAGUCUGGGUGGUUAAUGGGGAAUGGCUGAGGGGGGUGGCAAUGGAGCGAGCAGGGAUGCAGUCCCUAGUAAAAUGCAUAUACAGUGGUACCUCAGGUUACAUAUGCUUCAGGUUACAUACGCUUCAGGUUACAGACUCCGCUAACCCAGAAAUAGUGCUUCAGGUUAAGAACUUUGCUUCAGGAUGAGAACAGAAAUCGUGCUCCAGUGGCGUGGCGGCAGCAGGAGGCCCCAUUAGCUAAAGUGGUGCUUCAGGUUAAGAACAGUUUCAGGUUAAGUACGGACUUCCAGAACGAAUUAAGUACUUAACAUGAGGUACCACUGUACUCAUAAAAAUGUAUGAUUCUUCCCUGCAUCCUAUCAUUUUACUUCACUAGUGGAAGAGUUCAAACUGGUCUUUAACUUCCAGUAAAGGAAAGAAUAGACCAGGGACGUCCAACUCUCAAGAGACUGCAAUCUACUCCAGGAAUUAAAAACUGGUAGUGAUCUACCCAUUUGGGGGAGUACGGGUUGGAACCAAAUUUGUGGAGCUUUUUUAGGGGGGCAAGCCAAAGUUGUUGAGCUUUUUUAGGGGGGGUCCUUAGUUCUGCUGCAUUUUCGGAGGGCACAGCAUAAAUCGCUAACGAAACAAUAAACAAUAAAACGAAACUGCUGCUCUUGUCUCGCAUCCAAAAUGGCAUUUAGGUGGGCCUUUGUCUACGGCGACGCUCCUGCUCUGUGCUCCCCUCCGGUCGGGCUGUUGUGGGAAAGCAGAGAACGGGUGCAAUUAGCACUCUACCACCGCCCGAUCGCAUGGGUAGACCGGCAUGGCCGGGGAUUCGCGAAGCCUCCUGCCAGACUGAACCUGACACAGCCUGCUGGCAGGGGCUUCCAGGACGCCAGCAUAUCAGGGCACCAGUGCUGGCAGCCGAGCAGCAACCGACUCUAGCCAGGUCACAGCAGCACGUGGGUGAGUGCUCCCCCCCCCCCACAAUCGACCAAGAUCGACUGCUAUCACCUGGUGAUCGACCUGUUGAUCACGGUCGAUGGGUUGGACAUCCCUGGAAUAGACAAACAGGACUGCAGUGGUCUCAAAUCAGGAAGUUAAUAUUGCAAAUUUCCUGUCUCCGUUUCAUGGUUGUGGCAGCCCUGUUUUCUCAGUCCUUUCCCUCUCCUAUCAUCACAGCAGGUUGCGGUGAGCUUCUGCUAGAUGAUAUUUUGAUACCUGAAUUUAUUCUUCUAAACUCCACAGUAAUACAGUGUGCUAGUGGGGCCUUUUUAUUUUCUCUGACUUUUAGAACAGCUUUUUAUUUUUUUUUUAUUUUUUUUUAAAGCAAUUUAUUGGAUUUUACAAUAGGAAUAAAUGUAAUAAACAAUAUAACAUUCGUCUUAACAUAAUUUCACAUUUUCUUUGGACUUCCUCACAUCUCCCGCUCCCACCUUCAUCAUUAUAACAUUUUGUCAGCAAUUUAUCAUCUUAUUUAAAUUCUUAUAUCUCUUCGAUAUUUCAUGAUCUUAUAGUUCUCAUAAAGAGUUAAACUUUCACAGUUUUUCUUAUUUUCUUAAAAACUUCUAAGUUAAGUGGUGCUCAGUUAUUUAGUCAAGCAUCUUAUUCAGCAUUCAGUCAAAUCACAAUGUUUUUGUAGGUAGUUCUUAAAUUUCUUCCAAUCCUCCUCGAUUCUCUCUUCUCCCAGGUCACGGAUUCUGCCAGUCAUUUCAGCCAGUUGCAUAUAGUCUAUCAGUUGCAUCUGCCAUUCUUCCAGUGUGGGUAGAUCUUGAGUUUUCCAAUGUUUUGCGAGUAGUAUCCUUGCUGCUGUUGUUGCAUACAUAAAAAUGUUUGGUCCUUCUUUGCCACCCCUUGGCUGACAAUACCCAAAAGGAAAGCCUCUGGUUUCUUAGUGAAAGUAUAUUUAAAUACCUUUUUCAAUUCAUUAUAAAUCAUUUCCCAGAACGCCUUCACUUUAGGGCAGGUCCACCAGAGGUGAAAGAACGUUCCUUCACACUCUUUACAUUUCCAGCACUUGUUAUCAGACAGGUGGUAAAUUUUUGCGAGUUUGACUGGGGUCAUAUACCAUCUAUAAAUCAUUUUCAUUACAUUUUCUUUCAAAGCAUUACAUGCAGUAAAUUUCAAUCCAUUACUCCACAGCCUUUCCCAGUCCUCAAACAUAAUAUUAUGCCCAAUAUCCUGUGCCCACCUUAUCAUAGCCGAUUUAACCAUUUCAUCUUGUGUAUUCCAUUCCAACAGCAAGUUAUACAUCCUUGAAAGUAUCUUAGUCUUUGGUUCUAACAAUUCUGUUUCUAAUUUCGAUUUCUCCACCUGGAACCCUAGUUUCUUAUCAUUUUUAAAAACUUCUUUAAUCUGAGCAUAAUGUAACCAAUCUCGCACUUUGUCUUUCAUUUUCUCCAAACUCUGCAAUUUCCAAUUGUCUCCAUCUUUUCUAGUAUUUCCCAAUAUUUUGGCCAUUUGGCCUCCAUAUUGGGUCUUUUUCGAGCCUUAGCUUCCAAAGGUGAAAGCCACCUUGGUGUUUUAUUUUCCAGCAAGUCUUUAUAUUUUGUCCAGACAUUAAACAGUGAUUUUCUAACAAUAUGGUUCUUAAAGGCCUUAUUUGCUUUAACUUUGUCAUACCAUAAAUAUGCAUGCCAUCCAAAAACAUUGUUAAACCCUUCCAAAUCUAACACAUCAGUGUCUUCAAGAAGUAGCCAAUCUUUUAGCCAGCAGAACGCUGCGGCUUCGUAAUACAACUUUAAGUCCGGCAGGGCAAAGCCCCUCUUUGUUUUGCAUCAGUUAGUAUCUUAAACUUAAUUCUGGGCUUUUUGCCCUGCCAGACAAACUUCGAAAUGUCUCUCUGCCACUUCUGAAAGCACUCCAUUUUGUCCAAAACCUGAAGUGUUUGAAAUAAAAACAACAUUCUUGGCAAUACAUUCAUCUUAAUCGCAGCAAUUCGGCCUAACAAAGAAAGUUUCAAUUUUGACCAACUGUCUAAGUCUCUCUUAAUUUCUGUCCAACAUUUUUCAUAGUUAUCCUUAAAUAGACUUAGAUUUUUGCUGUUAUGUUUACCCCUAGGUAUUUUACUUUUUAACCACAUUAAGUUCCGUCUCAUUCUGAAACCGUUCUGACUCUGUCUCAGUCAAAUUUUUUCCCAAAACCUUGGUUUUCUGUUUAUUUAAUUUAAAUCCCGCCACCCGACCAAAGUCAUUAAUCAAUUGUAAUACUCUUUUCGUACUAGGCUCUGGCUUCUGCAAGGUCAAAACCAGGUCAUCUGCAAAAGCUUUUAGUUUAUAUUGUUUCUGACCAACCUGAAUUCCUUCCACCAACUGGUCCCCUCUAAUCAUGUUCAAUAGCACUUCCAGAACCGAAAUAAAUAACAAAGGGGAGAUAGGGCAGCCUUGUCGUGUCCCUUUUUCAAUUUUGAACUCUUCUGUAACCACAUUAUUAACUAUCAGUUUAGCUUUCUGUUCUGAAUAUAUCGCCUCAAUCCCAUUCUCAAAACCCCGUCCCACUCCCAUCUCUUUUAAGUUUCCCAUCAUAAAUUUCCAAGAAAUAUUAUCAAAGGCCUUCUCCGCAUCUAUAAAAAUUAAAACUGCUUUUGUAUUUAUGUCAGUUUGGAGAAGUUCCAAGAUAUCAAUAAUGUUCCUUGUGUUAGCAAACAGAUGUCUACCUGGGAGAAAACCGGCCUGGUCCUUAUGAAUUACUUCAUUUAAAACUUUUUAAAUCUACUUGCCAAAAUAUCUGCAAAUAUUUUGUAAUCCACAUUUAAAAGGGAGAUGGGACGGUAGUUCUUCAGUUGUGUCUUUUCAGCUUCUGACUUUGGUAUCAAUGUGAUAAACGCUUCCUUCCACGAAUCCGGUGCCCUCUUCCCCUCCAUAAUUUCAUUGCUAACCUCCAUCAAGGGUUGUAUCAAAUAGUCUUUUAGUGUCUUAUAAUACUUGGAGGUCAGCCCGUCUGGCCCUGGAGAUUUGCCAAGUUGCAUGUUCUGAAUAGCUUGUUCAAUCUCCUGUCGUGUUAUUUUAGAGUUCAGGGUUGUCCUAUUUUCUUGUGACAGUUUAGAUAAUCCAUUUUUGCCAAAAAUUGUUUAAUCUCGACUUCGUCUUGCGGCCCUUGGGUAUAUAGUUUUUAAAAUAUCUCUGGAAACACUUUCUAAUGUCCACUGGAUUCUGAAUGUUUCUUCCAUCGACCUCUAAAUUUGUAACCGUAUUUAAUCUUUGUCUUCUCUUCAACUGCCAAGAUAGCAGUUUUCCACAUUUAUUCGCCGACUCAAACGUUUUUGUUUCAUUAAUUUAAUCUUCCAUUCAAUUUCCUGAUUUAUCAAUUUAGAAUAUUGUGUUUGAUACAGUUUAAUUUCUCUCAGAGUUGGCUGUGACUUUGGAUUCACUCUUAAUUUCUUCUCUAAUUCUUUUAUUUUAUCCAAGAUCUUGUCUUUUUUCUCAUUUUGUGUUUUUUUCCUUACUACAUUCUGUUGUAUCAAGAAUCCCCUAGAACAGCUUUUUAGAGAUGUUUUUUUAGAGAUGACUUUUUAUAGCAUUGAGGGUUCCACAGGGUCUCUUAUUUGGAAUUCUGACAUUUAAAAAUCUUUGCUGUUUGAAGAUUUCUGCUGUAUUUGAUUUAUUCUCAGUUGCCCAAUAUAUGUUUAUUAUUUUUAUGUAAGUAUUUAAAAUGAAAUUUUUAUUUAUUGUAUGCAACCUCAAGAAAUUGCUUAUGGGCAGCAUAUAAGUAUAAUAAAUCCACUAUAUAUUUUGAAAAGUUGUUCAUAUGUUUGCUAUGCAUUUGGACAGCUUUAAAGAUACUGUAACCAAAUUCUGCAUGAUGGCUUCUGGGAUAAAGGAGCAGGCUUUCAUCUGUUUGGGUACAGUUGGACACCAUAUUGAAUUAUGAUGCCAGACUGCACGGAUUACUUUAAUGGCUUUCAAAACUGCACUGAUUUUUUGGUUUCCCAGAAUUCCAGAGGAGGACUGGUUAUGAGGCUGGUAGAAAAUAAUAAACAAGAUUGAAACUGCAAUAACAUGUGCAAGUAAUAGUUAUCCUGAUAAUCAGGGCAUGCAAAUGCUCUUAAUUUCAGCUUUGAAGUGAAUGUAAAUUAUGACUCCCUUCUUCUUGAUUCAUACUGUUACUUUAAAUAUGUUUGAAGCAUAGCUGUGAGUUUUCUUUUACUUUUUAUUUUUCUGUUGUGAAUUGCGCUAUGCACAGCUAUGUGAGGAUCAAAAGCUACAAUGCUCCAGACUUGGAUGAAUCUCAGAUAUUGCAACAUAAGUGUACAUUUGAAGGAAUCUUUAUCAUGCAAGUGUUACCUUGUGGUGAUUUUGUCAUUCUUACAUGCAAAUGAGCACCAGGUUUUAGAGCAGAAUUAAUGUUUGCCAGCAGUAGCUUCUCUUUUCAUUUUAGCUCCUCUUAGGGGGCAUGUCUGUGCUUGCGGGAUAUUAAAAUUUGCUAGGUUUUAGUUUAGAGGACUGUAAUGGGGAAAGUAGAAAUUUGUUCAGUUGGGUUUGAAAAGAGUAUUACUUUAGCAAUUUGAAAACGACACUAAUCCAUAUAUUUCUUGAAUGCUUUGGUAUCAAGUUCUUGUCAUGAUACUCUUCAUCUUGAUUCAAACAUCAAUAGAGAAAGAAAAGCAUGACCUUGGAAUAUGUAUUAUUUAUUCACAAGGCUGCCUAACAAUAUGAGCCUGGUACAUACCGUAUUUUUCGUUCUAUAGGGCGCACCGGCCCAUAGGACGCACCUCGUUUUUUGGGGGGGGGGGAAUGAAUAAAAAAAAUUAUUCCCCCCCCCCGCUGCGGCUGCCGCCCCAAGCCUUGUGCACACCUGCAAGAAGCACGGGGCACCCUCUGGAGGGCUCCGUGUGCUUCGGGCUGCAGGCUCCCGCCCCAAGCCUCGCGCGCUCGGCGGGACCUUCUGCCGGGCGCGCAAGGCUUGCAGACACUCGCCCGAAGCACGGGGAGCCCUCUGGAGGGCUCCCCGUGCUUCGAGCGACAAGCUGCCGCCCCAAGCCUCGUGCGCUCGGUGGGACCUCCUGCCGGGCGCGCAAGGCUUGCAGACACUCACCGGGGCUGCAGGCUGCUGCCUGCAAGCCUUGUGAGCCCGCGGGAACUCCCACCGGGCUUGCAAGGCUUGCGGAUAGCUUCCUGAAGCCUGGAGAGCGAGAGGCAUCGGUGCGCACCGAUGCCUCUCGCUCUCCAGGUUUCAGCGAAAGCCUGCAUUCGCCCCAUAGGACGCACACACAUUUCCCCUUCAUUUUUGGAGGGGAAAAAGUGCAUCCUAUGGAGCGAAAAAUACGGUAACCUACAAUACCCUCAAACUAUUUUGGAAGGGCAGUUGAAAACCUAUAGUGGGUAUUCUUAUGAGUACUUUAUAGAGUUGGAGUUUAGUGGGCAUGAGCUCAAACUGUUACCCGUCUACAUUAAGAGUAAAAUUCAAAUAUUGGGCAGGCAGACUUUCCCUUUCUCUUCUUCCCACUCUCUCUCUCUCACACACACCCAGCAGAUUUGGGAUGCUUGUAAGGGGCUAAGAGGGGAAGAGAGGAUGGGGAAGUCUGCUCGCAAGCACACAUACACAAUUAUGAUUUAUUUAUUACAUGCCCUUCACCCUAAGGUCACAGGGGAAGUAACAGCAUUAAAACACAACACUUAAGAUGGAACAGAGAGACAAAGCUGAGUGUCAUCUGCGUAUUGACGAUGCUUCACUCCAAAUCUCUUGGUGACUGAUCCUAGGAGCUUCAUAUAGAUGUUAAAUAGCAAGGGGAGCAAGAUGGAAACCUGUGGGACAUGACAGGAAAACUCCCAUGGUGCUGAACGGUAGCUUCCCAUGACUGCUUUCUGGAAAUGAUCCUGGAAGUAGAACAGUGCCCCAACCCCUACCUCCAUGAGAUGCCUCAGAAGCAUAUUGUUGUCGACAGUAUCAAAAGCCACUGUGAGAUCAAAGAGAACAAGAAGGGUUGCCCUCCCCCUAUCUCUCUUCUGAUAAACGUCAUCAACCAGAGAAACCAAGGCAAUUUCAGUGCCAUAACCAGAUCUGAAGCCACACUAGAAUCUGUCCAAGUAACCAGCUUCUGUCAAGCAUCCCUGAAGCUGGACCACCACCACCUUCUCAAGCACCUUGUCCAGAAAGGAGAUAUUUGCCACUGGACAAUAGUUAUUUAACAGCUCUGGGUCCAUCUCCUUCAAGGCAAAUGGUAUCUUCCCCCCUCCAAAGAAGCAUUAAUCAUUUGGAUUUAAUCCUAAAUUUUCAAGUUUUUGAAAAGUUGAAAUCUUUUCCUGGCCUCAGUCCUUAAUACUUUGCUGAAAAGUGGCUCGCUAAACAUUUUUUUUAAAAAAGUGAAUCAGUUAAAUAAUGUUUCUGUCUCCCAGAGACUUCCUAUAGCUAUUUUAGAGAAUUGCAUCUGUAAAAAUAUUCAAUAAGCUUGGUUUUGUUUUAAAAGUUAGCUUUGAAAUGUAUGAGAAUUUAGCUGGAUCUCCUUUUCCCCACAGCCCAGUGUGUUAAUCGUAAGCUACAAAGAAUCGUCAAAAGCAGCAUUGCAAUUUGGACCCUAUGACCAAGCAGAGUGGAGGCCUGACAGCACCAUGAUAGCUGUUUCGGUGAGUACAGGAGCAGUUGUGGAGGUUUUUAUGAUAUGGUGAUUAUGGUUUAAUGUCCAAAGGAGUCCAGUAUGCUUUAAAAAGAGAAAUUAUAUUUACAUGAAUGCUAGUAUUAUCCUUUAUUCGUAGUGAAUACUAUAUGCUUUUGCAUUACAGUAACGUACAAUUUAUACGUGCUGACUUAAUGUUGCUAAGUGGAAACAGCUCAAGGGGAUUUAUUCACAUUACCUUUUUCCUAUUCAUGUAUUAAAAAUGAAUGUCGGAAACUAGGAAAACCCAGAGAAUGAUUGAGAAGACAUUUAAUGUAUGACCAGGUGGACAUGGCCCUACAGUUUCUGGUUAUUUGCACCAGCAAGUAUAGCAGUUGAAACCUACAAGAGUAAAAUGAGCUGUUGUGUUACAAUGGCAUAUAUCUCGUAUUACCAGCUGCUUCUUACCAAUGUGAGAAGGGAAUGGUGAUACAGAGAGCUUGGCUUAAAUGUAAAACUGGUCUCUGCCCAAGAAAUCUUUUGAGGAAGGUAUGCAUGUUGUAAAAUGAGCAUGUUUUGCUUGAUAAGAAUUUAAGUCCACCACAUUCUAAUCUUGAGCAGUUAGCAAAUUGCUGUGCAAAUUGGGCAGGAGAGCUAAAUCUUGUAGUAAGGGGUGGGGGGGUGGGAAGUGCUGCAUAAGCAGAACAUGUGGUCUUUAUUAACCAGUAGGGUAGAAAUGAAAGGUAAGUGAGAGGUGGGAAGCUUUGAUCUCAUCGUUUAGGGAGUUUACUGCCCAAAACUGUCUUUUAAGACAGUCAAAGGUCAACAACAUAGAGUAAGGACUGAGCCGUGGCGUGGCGAAGUUUGCUGAUGAUACUCAGUUGUUCAGGGUUGUUAAAACAAAAUGAGAUUAUGGAGUGUUCCAAAAGUACCUCUCCAAACUGACUGAAUGAGUGGUAGAAUAGCAAAUUCAGUUCAGUGUAAACGCAUGUGAAGUGAUAUAUGUUGGGCAAAAAAAUCUUAAUUUCUUAUAUAAACUUAUGGGAUCUGAAUUGACAGUGACUGACCCAGGAACAAGACCUUGGGGGUUGUAGUGGAUAGCUCAGUGAAGCUGCUGACUCAGGAUGCAGCAGCUCUGAAAAAGGGAGAUUCCAUGCUACAUAUUAUUAGGAAAGAAAUUGGAAAUAAAGCUGUUGACAAUUCAGUGCUGUUAUACAAGUCUAUAUACAUGGCAUGGAGAAAGUAGCUAGAGAGAAGUUUUUCUUACAUUCUUCUAGUUAGACUAUGGAGUUCACUCCAACAAGAGGCAGUGAUAGCUGCCAACGUGACUGGCUUUAAAAGAGGAUUAGACAGAUUCAUGGAGUGAAUCUUGUGGAGCCACAAUGGUUGUGUUCUACCUCCAUUGUCAGAGGCAGUAUCCCUCUGAAUACCAGUUGCCAGGAAUCACAAGUGGGUUUGGUGCUGCUGUUCUCAUGUUCUGCUUGCAAGUUUCCUCACAGACAUAUGGUUGGCCACUGUGAGAAUAGUAUGCUGGAGAAGAAUCAUAGAAUUGUAGAAUUGUAGAGCUGGAAGGGACCACGAGGGUCAUCUAGUCCAGCCUAUGGUGUCUUUUGCCCAACAUGGGGAUCAAACCACACCCUGAGAUUAGACAUCUUGAGAUGGGCCAUUGGCCUGAUUCAGCAGGCUUUAUUGUGUUCUUAAGGGUUGUUUGAGUUUUUAAAUUACUAUAAUUAUCUACUGUAAUUAUGUGUCAUUUUACUAUUACCAGGAAACAAUGCUGGUAAUAUGUGUGACAGUUCAUGCUACCUUCAGCUGAGCUUUCCGUCAGCUAGGGUGAACCUGGUGUUGCUAACUCUGAUUGAAUCUUCCCUUCAGCGCCCUGAUAUUGGUAAAAUAAACUGUCAUAGUUAUACUUAGAUUUGCCCCAUUGAUUUCAUUGUGAUUUACAUUAUUUAUGAUAAGUCUGAUUGAUUUCAGUGGGUCUUCCAUAAGUAGGACUGAGUAUGGAGCUGAGCGAUAUCUGGUUUUCAACAUCAUGAUAUAUCACUAGCUAAAUAUCACAAUAUCACAAUAUAUUUUUGCGGCAGUGGGGGGCCUUGCUGGGCCUCACCGCGGUUGCAGAGGGUCCUGCCAUACUUCCCUGCAGCGGCAGAGGGUGCACCACACUUCCCCCAGUAGGAGAGGGCCUUGCUGGGCUUCCCCGUGGUGACAGAGAGUCCUACCAUACCUCCCCAUGACAGUGGAGGGUCCCACCGUACCUCCCCACGGCAGCAGAGAGUGUGCCAUGUUUUCCUGCAGCAGCCGAGGGCCUUGACAAGGCUUCCUGCGGCGGUGGAGGGCCUUAAAAUGUAAGGAAGUAGUAGAUUUAGUAAAAAUAUUAAAUAAACUUCCCUAUAAUAUAUUUAAUACUUUUUCAAUUAAUUUAAGAGUAGUUUAAGUGAUUUACUAGUCAAGUUACAUCUGCUUCCCCACACAGAGGUCUUAAGUGGAAUCUGUGCAUGCAGAAGACUGAGUUCAACUAAACUUACUUCUACUUCCCUGGGAGUAUGCCUCAUUGAAUUCAGUAGGGCUUGCUUGUGAGUAUACAUGCCGGAUUUAUCGUACAGCCCUACACCACACCUACUUAUUUACCGUAUUUUUCGCUCUAUAACACGCACCCGACCAUAACACGCACGUAAUUUUUAGAGGAGGAAAAUCCAUAGGCAUGCCACCCAUAGGCAUUCCCUCCAUAACACGCACAGACAUUUCCCCUUACUUUCUAGGAGGAAAAAAGUGAGUGUUAUGGUGCAAAAAAUACGGUAUAUGAAAAAUUCAAAUUCACAACCACUCCCUUCCGAACAAUGUUGGUUAAAGAUUUUCAUGGUUUCUGUCUAGAACUUGGGAGUUGCAGAGCAAUGUUUUAGGAAAUCCAUGUUUACCCAGUUCUGAAUUGCUAAAUGCUUAGCUUUCUUUUGUAGCUUGUGUUUGCUAAUGCACUGCAUCUAGCUGCUGCCACCAGAAACUGCUCAGUUCCUGUGCUCAGUUCUGAAACACCAAGGGGGUUAGGUUUCCCUUCUAACAGAUUCAUUUUUACAGCAAAGUUAGCCUUAUGACAGGCCUAAACAAAACAACCCAUACUAUCAUUUGGAAGAUUUGACUGAAGAUGGAUGUUUUAAAUAUGCAAAAGCUUCAUACAUACCAUUGAUGUUUUCAAUUUGUUCAAGUAUGUACUGGCCCUAAACAAGAAUGUUCAAGGAUUUCCUGCCCCAACCAGUUUAUAAAUAACUAUUUUCACAUAGGCCUUGUGCUUGCAGUACUGACAUCUAAAGCGAAUUUCUAAAAAAGGUAGACAUGCUUACAUUGUUCACUUUUUUACUUUGUGUAAUUGUCCCUCUGUUCUUUGGUGACAAGACAGUGAACUUCUGCAUGUUCACAUAGUUCUGUUUUUAGCUUUGUGACUGUAAAUUUCUUUUGGGAAGUUUUUCUCCUAAGCAUUGUAAGUAACAUUAAGCACUAACAUCUCAUGCUUAUUAGAAAGGAUAAAAAUAAAAAUCUAAGCCUGCAACUGUCAGGUUCUUCACAGGCUUUAUUUAGAACCAAAGUUGGCCUUUAGUAAAUUCCAAAGUACUGUUCCAAUAAUGGUUUUGAAUAAAUUGCUGGCAAUAAGUGGUAAUGAAUAUCCUUCAGAAACCACUUACAAUUUGAAAUCCUUGUGAUAACUAAAUAGACACUGAAACAUAGUAAACAAUGAUAUCUUUAAACAUCCACUCUGCAUGUACCAUAAAGGGAUGAUAUUAGCAGCACCAAACCAAACUGCAAGCUUGAACAUGUUGGUAUCAAUAUUGUCUGAUAACAUGAUCAGUUAUAGUACCUUUGGGCCAGAUUUUUUAAACCUUUUGAUUGUCAAAACUGAGGUGUAACACUUGAGUGAACAUUUUUGUCUAUUGCUAUUUGGCCUGUAGUUACUGUUCUUAUAAAAGCACGGACUAGCUGCACUUAGAUGUUAUGCUGUUCAUUUACCAUGGCUAGGCAAAUUAGUUAAUGCAUGCAACCCAAGCUCUAUUCAGAGAGUACAGAGUUGUGAUCUUAUACAUAAGGCAUGAGCUGUGUAGUGGAACAUGAUAAUGGGUUGUUAAACUAUGCAGUGGUCAGCCUAUUUGUCUUAAAUACAUUAAAACUAGCUCUUUUCCAUCGUGCUUGAAAGACAAGACAGAGCCAGGUCACAUGCUGAAUAAAUAAUACGUGAUCAGUGAUCUACCUCUACCAAGAAUGGAAGCUUUUGAACAAUUUUUAGUGCUGUGCCACAUAACAGCAUAUUGCAGUUUUCUAAUCUUGAGGUUACAAAAGCAUAAAUGGCAGCUGAUAAUAGAAGCUUAUUUGCCAGUUGGACUAACAAAAGUUUUUUGGGGGUCUUGUUUGAACUAGCUGGAUUUUUUCCCUUGAAGCUCCAAGCUAUUGCUAAAAGUUGCUUGGAUCUGGCUCUGAAAGGGGGUUGAAAUUGGGGAAACUUGAGGUGACAGACUCUGUUGUCUGAAGGACCUGUGACAGAACGCAAGCAUGGCCUCCACUCUCAGUUUUAAGCUCUUCUCCUUGUUUCAUACAGAUGAAUGAAGUGAGUAUAUUCAGUUCACUUGGAUGGAACACGUUUAGAUGAAAUCUUUGUGAAUUUUGCCAGUUGUGAAAGUUAGCUAUUUGACUCAAAUUCCACAGUGACUGGUGGCAACUCUAAAACUACCCAGUAUCAUUGAGUUGUGGAGCAUUAUUGAAUUGUGAUUGCGUAGCAAAAUAUAGCUAUAUUUUGUUUUUGAAGGCUGUGUGAACAGAAAUGAACCUUGUAACGUUAUCGACUAAGAUUGAGGAUGGAAUUCAAGAAAGUUAAUGUUAGAAUGAGAGUUCUACAUAGUGUUUUUUCUGCUCUUUCUCCUGGCAUAAGAUACUGUCGCUGGUGUGUGCAAAUUGUUUAAAGAUGACCGAGCAGUAAAGGCAAGUUAGGAAUAGAUAGUGUUAACUUUCAUUUUGUACGUACUUUGCACUUCAAGAAAUAUAUUUCUCUUGGAUUUUUACUAGUUUUGCUUCUAAAACCGAAGAAAUGUGACUAGGUGGGACAGCUAAAGAAAUAGGCUAGCAAGUGUAUGGCCUCCUUCUGCUUCUGUAUCCUUAAUUGAAAAACAGGAAACCAUGCCUGGAAAGAAAUUUGAAACCUUCAAUUUUUCUCCUUCAGCCUUGCCGCUUUGAGAAACAUCCUCAGCCAGUAUUAAAUGACUGAAAUUGCAACAGUAGCUAAGAUGAACUUUUUCCCUUGCAUCCUGAUCGCUAGCUAAGAAGCUUCUCUGGACCUAGGGUUGAUUUCAGAUCCUUAGCAAAUAUGGCUCAGUCAUAAAUGAACAUAUUUUCAUUUCUUAUUAAUGUCACUUCAUGAGAUUUAUCAAAGUACUUAUAUGGGCAUUGUCCCUUUGGAGAGCUCCCCUGCACCACAGGAAUCUCCAUUCAGAAGGGUCCUCAAUCUCUGGAAGAGGCAUUUUUGGGACUGCUGUGGGGAGGAAGGGAAUCUGAAAUCAGAGCUUCUGUCAGGUCUCAUCCAUGGACUUCUCUUUAAAUCACCAUUAUUAUUUAUAAGAUUUUUAUCCCAUCCUUCCUCCCAGGGUGGCAAACAAAAAUAAAAUAGAAGGCAAAGAUGUUAAAAACAUGAAAAACCAUAAAACAUAUCGAACGCACAGUGUAUUGAAAUAGCUCGAAGUUCCUGUGAGAACUUUUAUGUGUGUGCUUCUUUGAUUUUUAUAUCUUACCUCUUUCAGACAGAAAAUGGAUACAUCAUGUUUUUUCAUCUUCCGUUGGCAAGAGACAAGUAUCUUUAUGAGCCAGUUUAUCCCAAGUAAGUCUUCCAAUAAAUGCUUCACUUCUUUACAUUGUAUAUUGCUAAGAAUCGCUUCAGACUUUCUCGUUGUAACAUUUUUGUUUAAGAAUUACAUAAAGUAACCUAUUCAGUGUUUUGGUUGAUUGUUUAGAAAGGUCCUAUGUAGAAACUGGUUUCCUAGAGUGUUCUUGCUGGCAAUUACAGAAUUGACAUUAAGUGGAGGGGGGGGUUGUUGACUUCUUCAGCUAUAGUAUUCUGCAUUAGAGUAAAACCGAAAAAUGAAUAGUAGUUGAUAUUUGAAAGAAGCCAAGUGGCUCUGCUCCAGCUGCAUAGUCUUUCUUCCAUUUCAGAGUGGAACUUGGAAGAUUGUCAGUGUUGGCCUUAAGCCCAUGUUCAGUGUGAGCAUAAAGAGCACUGUUCAGUUUUAAUGUGGUGAUGGAAAGCUGAUUAAAAUGUAAAAGAAGCCAAAUAAAAAUAGCACUAGAAAUUAAUGUUAGGCAAAAAUGUUUUGAGUAUGCCAUGUGGAAAUUCAUAAUUUUAUUCAGGAAAAUUCAGUAGGGACACAUUUAUACUGGUUAUACUUCAGUUAAGUUGUUGUUAAUAACUUAGAACCUAACUGUUAAAUAAAUGAAAUAAAACUGUGAACAUACUGAGAUGUUCCAUGGUAUGGGCCUCGCUAUAAGCAGGACUUUCCUCAUGACUUCCUUUCCCCUUGACCUUCCUGAUGCCCUUUUAGAUGUCUAAUUUGGACAGAAGUGCCGCAAUUGCUGAUAUGGCAACACAGAUGAAACAUUCCUUCCACUUUCUGUCACAGCAUACAUUCAUAGAUUAAAGGUCAAAGCAAUCAAUAUAUUGAAACAGGCUCACAAGGCUGUAUGGCACAUUUAAGCGCUUCACAUGUUUGUGAGCACCUUGCUUGCAUAUGCCACAUGCUUCUCUCACACUUGUAGCUGCCAAAGGAGGGAGAAUGGAAAUUGAGAGGUCCUGCUUCCUGGCCUGAAUAUUCAAGAACUGCCACUGCCUGGGGCUGAAUUCUGGUCCACUUCCCUCCUAGUAAGAUUAUACAGGAAAUAAAGCAGUUUUCAGGCAACUGCUAGAGAGCAAUGCCAUGGUAUGGCUGGUCAUUUCAGGCAUUUAAGACUUUAAGUGUAAUGUUGUGCGGUUUUCUUUUGAGGAAGAAUGAAUUUUAUCUGGGAAGGCAGAUUAAUGAAUUGGAUUUGUGAGGAGGAGAAGAACAGAGUGGAAUGGGUUCUGAGGCUGGAGUGGGGGAAGAACAGGGCAGGAAAGAAUUUUGGAUCUCUGCUUUUCCUUGGUUGCAUUCUGAUUCCUCUUGGUUCAAGCCUAGUGAUUCCAGAAGCACCUGAGGUGUCCACUCCUCCUGUCCUCCUAGGAGCUCUUGUCCCCUAGUAAGAUUGUAAUGAUUGGACACCAGAGAUUAAGAGUUCCACAGGGGGGGAAGCACUGGGACAUCCGAUCUCGGUGAUCAUGGGCAGGAAGAGGAGUUACGCUAAGACCAGACCAUGUCAUUACCGAGGAGGCAGGUUUAGUCGUUGUUUGAAGACUAUCCCUGCUUCCGGGUCUGGCCUUGACCGGAUGGAUACUGGAAUCAACAGGGGAAACCCACAUGACCUGAAGGUGUUGCUGUGUAAUGCCAGGUCAAUGAUGAAUAAAACCACUGCCAUCCACGACCUGAUUGUGGAUGGAGGAUUUGACCUGGCAUGUGUGACAGAGACCUGGUUGGAGGAAGCAGAUGGGCCUGUCCUUGCCGCUGCUUGCCCACCAGGUUUCUCUUACGCACAGCAACCCAGGUCAUGUGGGCGGGGAGGGGGGCUUGCAGUGAUUUUUAGGAAGUCACUAGCUUGCACCAGGCGUCCUACUGGGAAGAUCCAGUUUUCUGAGUGCAUGUUCUGGAAGUUGGGCAAUAGGGGCAGUACAGGAUUCCUUUUGGUGUACCAACCUGCCCGCUGCACCAAGGAUUCCCUGUCCGAGCUGCUUCAGGUCGUGGCGGAUUUUCUCCUGGAGACACCUAGUUUGGUUGUCCUAGGGGAUUUUAACAUCCAUGCCAACACGACCUUACAAGGGGCUGCUCGGGACUUCGUGGAAAGCAUGGCCUCCAUGGGGCUGUCCCUGAAUAAGUUUGGCCCAACUCAUAGUCAUGGACAUGCCUUAGACCUGGUGUUCACCUCUAGUGACGUGGGUGAUCUGACACUAAGUAAAAGUGAAACAAAAGAAGUGCCAUGGUCAGAUCACUUCCUGGUGCAACUGGACUUCUCCGCGACCCUUCCCCUCUGCAGGGAGGUGGGACCAAUUCGGAUGGUCCGCCCCGCCACUUAAUGGAUCCAAAUGGUUUCCAGAGAGUGGUAGGGGAUGCUUUAUCCCAUGUUGAUGGCCUUUCAGCUGAUUCCCUGGUGGCCCGCUGGAAUGCGGAGUUAACCAGGGCUAUCGACUGUCUGGCUCCGAAGCGCCCUCUCCGAUUGCAUGGAGCCCGGACAGCCCCGUGGUUUUCUUCAGAGCUGAGGGCGAUGAAACAAUCGUUGAGACGGAUAGAGCGUCGGUGGCAGAAAACUUACUCCGAAUCUGACUGGACACAGGUUAGAGCUCAAUGUCGAGACUACCAAGUGGCGAUAGCGACGGCGAAGAAGACUUUCUUCACCGCCUCUAUUGCAUCUGCAGAAAAUAGUAGCAGGAGACUCUUUCAGGUGGUUCGCAAUUUAACGGAACCACCUUUACCACCAGGGCCUUGUAAAGACCCCAAGAUCCCCUGCAACGAUUUUGCAAAGUUUUUUGCAGAUAAAAUCACUCAUAUUCGGAAGGAACAAGACACCACCGUGGGAGCAGGGCUGGGGCGGGAGAGUGCUAGAGCUCUGUCUGGUCAAGUUGCAUGGAAUCAAUUUCAAUCCGUUACCCCCGAGGAUGUGGACAGGCUGCUUGGACGCAUGAAACCAACCACCUGUCUCCUUGAUCCUUGCCCAUCGUGGCUAAUAAAAGCAAGCCGGGAAGGGCUGGGCAAUGGGCUCUGCGGGGUGGUGAAUGCUUCCCUCUGUGAGGAACAUUCCCAGAUCCGCUGAAAGAGGCGGUCAUUAAACCGCUUCUUAAAAACCAUCUUUAGACCCGGCCAGUAUGGCCAACUAUUGCCCAGUCUCAAAUCUUCCAUUCUUGGGCAAGGUGAUUGAGCGUGGUUGCUGAACAACUCCAGGCACGCCUGGAGGAUGCGGACCAUUUGGAUCCCUUCCAGUCGGGAUUCAGGCCUCAUCAUGGGACUGAAACUGCCUUGGUCGCGCUGGUUGAUGAUCUCCAGCGAGCUAGGGACAAAGGUGAGAGCUGUUUCCUAGUUCUGCUGGAUCUCUCAGUGGCCUUUGAUACAAUCGACCAUAACAUCCUUCUGGACCUGGGCUGGGAGCUGGGGGCACUGUUAUGAAGUGGUUUCGCUCCUUCCUCCUGGGCCGUGUUCAGAAAGUGGUGGUGGGGUAUGAGUGUUCAGACCCCUGGGCCCUCACUUGUGGGGUGCCUCAGGGUUCCGUCCUCUCCCCCAUGCUUUUUAACAUCUAUAUGAAGCCGCUGGGAGAGAUAAUCGGGGUUUGGACUGGGUGUCCAUCAGUAUGCAGAUGAUACCCAGCUCUACCUCUCUUUCAAAUCAGAACCAGUGAAGGCAGUGAAGGUCCUGUGUGAGUGCCUGGAGGCGAUUUGAGGAUGGAUGGCGGCUAAUGGAUUGAGGUUGAAUUCUGACAAGACAGAAGUACUGUUUUUGGGGGACAGGGGGCGGGCUGGUGUGGAGGACUCCCUGGUCCUGAAUGGGGUAACUGUGCCACUGAAGGACCAGGUGCACAGCCUGGGAGUCAUUUUGGACUCACAGCUGUCCAUGGAGGCGCAGGUCAAUUCUGUAUCCAGGGCAGCUGUCUACCAACUCCACCUGGUACGCAGGCUGAGACCCUACCUGCCCGCGGACUGUCUCGCCAGAGUGGUGCAUGCUCUAGUUAUCUCCCGCUUGGACUACUGCAAUGCGCUCUACGUGGGGUUACCUUUGAAGGUGACUCGGAAACUACAACUAAUCCAGAAUGCGGCAGCUAGACUGGUGACUGGGGGCGGCCGCCGAGACCACAUAACACCGGUCUUGAAAGACCUACAUUGGCUCCCAGUACGUUUCCGAGCACAAUUCAAAGUGCUGGUGUUGACCUUUAAAGCCCUAAAUGGCUUCGGCCCAGUAUACCUGAAGGAGCGUCUCCACCCCCAUCGUUCUGCCCGGACGCUGAGGUCCAGCACCGAGGGCCUUCUGGUGGUUCCCUCAUUGCGAGAAGCAAAGCUACAGGGAACCAGGCAGAGGGCCUUCUCGGUAGUGGCGCCCACCCUGUGGAACGCCCUUCCAUCAGAUGUCAAAGCAAUAAAUAACUACCUGACAUUUAGAAGACAUCUUAAGGCAGCCCUGUUCAGGGAAGUUUUUAAUCUGUGAUAUUUUAGUGUAUUUUUGGUUUCUAUGGAAGCCGCCCAGAGUGGCUGGGGAAACCCAGCCAGAUGGUAGGGUACAAAUAAUAAAUUAUUAUUAUUAUUAUUAUUAUUAUUAUUAUUAUUAUUAUUAUUAUUGUUAUAGGGGUUUAGGCAUGGCCAUGGGAUUGAGUCUGCCUUGGUUGACCUUUAGAGAAUGGGACAAGAGGCUUUUCUAGUGCUCCUCAGUUUCUCUGUGGCUUUUGAUACCAUUGCCCAUGGUAAUCUCCUGAGCUAGUUCCAUAGAUUAGGAAUUGGGGGCACUGUGUUACAGUGUUUCUGGUUGUACCUAUGGGACCAAAUCUGAAGAGUAGCACUGGGAGAGUCCUUUCCAUCCCCCUUGUGGUUGUGCAAGGCACUAUUCUGUCCCCAGGGCUAUUUAAUAUCUAUAUGGACAUUAAGAGCUUUGAGGCAACAUGCAUAGGUAUAUUGCUGACACAGCUCUAUUUCUCCAUAAUAAGUGAAUCAGAAGAGGCUGUGUGGGCCCUGGAACCAAUGCCUGGAUUUGGUGGUGGGAUGGAUGAGGGAAAAUAAGCUGCUCUUGAAUCUUGACAGGGUGGAGGCACUGUGGAUGAGUGGUUCCCAUGUCCGAAAAAUCAAUUGCCUGCCCUUGAUGGGGUUGCACUUCCCCCUGAAGGAGCAGCUAUGCAGUUUGGAAGCUCUUUGACAGGUUUAUAUACUGCCUUUCCAUCAUCUAGAUCUUCAAGACAUCCUAAAAACAUCUUCCAGUGAUCAUUUCUUUCCUACCUGCAGAUAUCUAAGUAUUUUGCAGUGUUGGUUCUGUCUUACAUUGUCACUGUUAAAAUGAAACUCUAUGAUAAGUUCAUAUUGGGCGAGAAUUUGUGAUGAUGCUGUGAGCUGAAAAGCGUAUGACUACCUUAACUGACAUGGACUGCGUAUUUUUUAUUACUCUUCUGCUGUGCACCAAACUUGUUAAACCAAGCUUAUCUAGUUCUUCUUUGAGAUGAGGUCACACAGGCAAAUUUGUUGAGGAGACCUUAGUGUACACGCCACAACAGGCUUUCUUGACUUCGGUCCUGAUUUUGUUUAGUUUUUUUGCCUUUGACUAGAAUGCAUUUUGCAUGUUGCAGCAUGCAUGAUGAUUCUUUUUCUAAUUUGGGGGCUGGGUGGAAGCAAGGUGCUAAGAUGGUACUGUUCUGACCCCUCUGAGCCAGAAGUAUUAUAUACUUCUGGCUACACUGAUACAAGAAGAGUGGUGAAACUGUGAUCUUUCAGAUGUUGCUAGAAAAAAAUUUCCAUUUAUUUAUAAAAAUAUUUACUGCUAAAUCAUACAAAUAUAUAAUUGCAGUUUACAGCAUUAAAAAGAUAAAAACCAUACAAUAAAAGUGUAAAUGUCCCUGUCCUUUGGCCAUGCUGCCUCGGGCUGAUGGGAGACGUAGUCCAACAAUAUCGGUUGCAGGGGGCACUGGUUCUCCAUUCCAGAAAUAUCCUCCUUAGCUUUAUUAUACAGUGGUACCUUGGGUUACAUACGCUUCAGGUUACACACUCCGCUAACCCAGAAAUAGUGCUUCAGGUUAAGAACUUUGCUUCAGGAUAAGAACAGAAAUCGGGCUUCGGUGGCGCAGCAGCAGCAGGAGGCCCCAUUAGCUAAAGUGGUGCUUCAGGUUAAGAACAGUUUCAGGUUAAGAACAGCCCUCCAGAACGAAUUAAGUACUUAACCUAAGGUACCACUGUAUUCCAGAGAACUCAGGGACCUGGGUAGCCUCCAGAUGUUGUGGACCACACCUAUUUUUAUUCCCGUUGUUUAAAAUUAACUGGUCGCUCAUCACUUUUUGCAACUCAGGAGCACCCCCUUGCAACCCAGUGGAGAUUUCCUGUUGCAAGGUUUGCUAGGGAGAGGCAGGGCAAGGUCCCUGACUUGAGGGAGCACAAAAGUUGAAAAGCAGUUAUCAUCUUUUGAGCCUCUGGCCCUCCCCAUGAGACCUUUUGAUGUACUAAAGAGUGAAUCUGACUCCAUUGUGGUACUAUUUGCAUAAGCUGCAGAGCAGCCUUGGUCCUUCUGCCCCAAGCAGCUGAUUUUUCAGCCCACUCUUCCCCUCCAAAGCAGCUUGUGUUUAAGCCAGCAGUGCUUUGCUCCUCUGUUAAAGAGGCACAUUUUCAGAGAGGGGUGGAUUAGGCCUUAUUUCAGAAGAGAAGAGCUGAAAGAAGAGAAGGGGUGUGCAUGGGAGGGUUUUUUAAGCAAACUGAGCUUUGCUUUGGGAGUUGGGGGUGAGAGAGGGAGGCUGGCAAAUUUCAAGUUUACUUUGUUGUGGGCAUCCCUUCCUUAUUUACAUAAUGAGACUCUGGAAGGCUGCUUUGGAGAGGUUUGAGAGUUCCUCUCUUCCACCAAACCCCCAUUAUUUAGGAGGGACCGCUCCUAGAACUACCGUAUUUUGUGCCCCAUAGGACGCACCGGCCCAUAGGACGCACCUAGUUUUUUGGGGGGGAAAUAAAGAAAAAAUAUUAUUUCCCCCCCAGGUGCGGGGCUGGAAGAACCAGGUCGGGGAACAGCGGGAAGGCGCGCUCCGCCUCCCCGCUGUCCCCCGAGCUUGUGGGGCUGGCGAUGGGGAGAAGUGCGCUGAGCCCGGGACUGCAGGCACCUCUGCGCAGCCAUCGUGCACUGACCCCUCUCGCUCUCCAGGCUUCAGCGAAAGUCUGCAUUCGCCCCAUAGGACACACACACAUUUCCCCUUCAUUUUUGGAGGGGGAAAAGUGUGUCCUAUAGGGCGAAAAAUACGGUAUAUUUCUACAUUCCUGAUCAUUGUACCCACAGGAUCACAGAGCCUUCAGUUCUUGUACACAACAGAACUUAGUUUAGAUUGCUGUGGCAACUAUCAUUUUUGCUGUUUUUCUUCUUUUGAUUGAUUUAGUGCAAAUAGUCCCUAUUUAAAGUAACUUCUACUUAAGAUAGCGGGAGACUUUCAAAAUCCCUAGGUCCUACCACCAUGUUUUUCUCCUAAAAUAUGAAAUUUACAGUAUUCUAAUGUGCCACACUUUGAUAUAUUUUUUGAUUUCUGUGUUCUGGGUUUGUUUUUGUUUUAAAGAGGAAGCCCCCAUAUGAAAGGAACACCACACUAUAAGGAAGAACAAUGUGCCCCAUCAUUAAAUCUAGAGAAGAAGCAAGUGUUGGAUUUGCAAGCAUCUAUAACCAGGUAUGGCGAAUCAUCAUUUAUGCAACACUUGAGGCCUUGAGAAUAUGGGACUGUGUGAUGCUCUCAAAGAAAAAUGGCCUAGGAGAAUCUUGCGGUGAUAUACAUAAGAUACGUUAUGAAAUUGCACCAAACCAUGCAUGCACUCUCUUCCCCUCCUACUUUCAAUUUUGGUUAACUACAGUCUGAUCCAAGAACUCUUGUCAGCAUUAACUGUUUAGAAUAAUAAGCUCUAAUUGAAGCUGGCUUGUUUUAAAUUCAACAUAAGUAGUACUGUAUUAACCACAGUUUUUCAAUCAGAAUAGCAUAACAAACCGUCCUAAAACCAUACUCUUCAUAGCCAUGUGGGGUGGGAUGGAGAGCACAUAAGUCAGAGGCUCACGGCCACUCAUUCUUGCUCAUGCACAUCAUACUAAACCAUGGUUUUGCAUGACAAGUGAGGACAGCUGUGGAAUAUUUUAUUCUGCCAUUAGAUGAAGUUAGCUGUUGGAUUAUUACUGUACAUUUUCUAUGAUUUAGCAAGCCCUCUGUUUUCUGAUAUUUAUGCAAAAAGCCCAUUCCCAUGCUUUGGAAAAGUUGAGGGUACACUCUGCUCCUCUAGAAAGGAAAAUUAGAAUGAAUUAAGAAAUGAUAUUCAAGUUUUGUAUGGCAAUUGAAGGAGACUGAUAGGAUUGUUCAAAGACUUGCUCUUAGAUACAUUCAAUAUUAAAUCAGUACCGAAAGGAUCUUUGUUGUGGGGUCUUUCAAAUAACACUUUAAUAACUGUGUGCUCGUGAGGGUAAAUGUGCAGGGGAGAAGGUUUGCCUCCUUUCCCCAAAGGUUCCCCAUAUUAGAGGAAUGCUUGCUUUUCUUUUCAGAUUUAUCUGUGUAAAAAACAAACAAUUUAUCUGUCACUGUGGGUGAAGUUACUGUAUUGGUAGAAAUAUUCUCAUUAGGAAACUGGAAAAAUCAAUGAAAAAAAUGUAAUAAGCCUUGAAAAGUACUUCUCUGUUGAGUGAAUGGACCUAUUUCUUUCAGCCUCAGUGUCUGGGGAAUGAUGUGUCUUUCUUGUAGCUUACAGUCCAUGCUGGAGGAUCUCCUUGUUGCUACUAUUGAUGGUUUCCUGCAUCUUAUUCACUGGGAUGGCAUGAUGAAUGGAAGGAAAGCCAUAAACCUCUGCACAGUCCCAUUUUCAGUGGAUCUGCAUUCUUCUAGAGGUAUUACUUCUCUGCCUGGGCGUAAAUGGGAGGGAAACGCUUCACUAAAAUGAAAUCUACUUUUCUCGGUCCUUACAGCUGACAUGAACAUUUUCCCUAUUCUGUAGCUGUGGAUAGUACCACUUCUUGUGCUGAUGAAAGAAAGAAAUAGUUUGCGGUAUGAAAAUGGCCUUUUUGAUCAUUGAUCUUGUUCACUACCAGGUUCAUAUUUGGGAUUUGAAGAUGUGCACAUCAAAGACAUGGAAUACUGUGCUACUCUUGAUGGGUUUGCUGUUGUCUUUAAUGAUGGCAGAGUUGGUUUCAUUACACCAAUGUCAAGUGGAUUCACAGCAGAGGUAUAAUUUUCUAACAUUUGAUUAGUUACUUGUCUGCAUUUUCCAGAUUUAGCUAAAUGUUUGCUGCCCUGCAUUAGACUUUGUAUUAAUCAGCCACAGCUGAGAAAUUAUGAAACUUCGUAUGGUUGAAAUGGUUUAGGAAAUGCUGUAUGAGGGUGUGUCCCCCCCCCCCCCGAACAUGCCAUUGAUGAAAAUAACUGAGAGGAAUCUUUGGGCAGAAAAAAAUAUUUCAUGUAUGACAUUAAAAUAAGUUUUUCCGGAUGUACAGUUAAGACUAUAAUCUUACUACACGUAAUUUCUAAAAUUAAUUCUGCAUUAUCUUCCUAAAUUUGAUUUAUAGUUUUCCUCUCACAUUUUGCAUUAUGUGAACUGAUUAUUUUCAAAUCCUUUGUACAUACUGUCCUUUUAAAGUAAAGCAGCAUGCCUGUUAGCACCAUACGGAUUCAGUCCUGUAUUGAACUAAACUGCCCUUUUACUGGUUACUUUAACUUGUUAUUUGUUAUGUUCCUUUUUUGUAAAUCUUGCAGAAUGGCUAUGGGGUUCCUAUUAUCAGUGAUGCCUGGCUGCAUUUUGAAAUGCAAAUAUGGAAACUAUUUCAGCUGCUGACUUUUUAUGCUAAAUAAUUCAGUCUAUAUAUCUUUUGAAAGAGCUACACCGUCCAGUGGCAUCUGGAAGGCCAUAGGUUUCCCAUGUCCAUUAGAUGCUGAACCCCCAGUGAUUUGAAUGCUCUUUGUCACUUACCGUAUUUUUCGCUCUAUAGGAUGCACUUUUUCCCCUCCAAAAAUUAAGGGGAAAUGUGUGUGCGUCCUAUAGAGCGAAUGCAGGCUGUGCGGCUAAGCCCAAAGCCAGAACGGAGACGGAGCGCUGCGGAGUGCUCCGUCUCGCUGUUCUAGCUUGGGGAUGGCUAUGCAAAGCCUCUGCAGGGCAGCGGGGUGCCUGCACCCCGCUGCCCUGCGGAGGCUCCAAAGGCUGUCCCCGAAGCCUGAAGCCUUUGGAGUGCGGCGGGAACUUGCGCUGCGCUCCAAAGGCUUCAUGGAUCUUUGAGACUGGCGGUGGGGGAAAGCAGCGCUUCCUCCCACCGCCAGCCCCACAACCUGGGGGCAGCGGAAGCGGCUGCUCCCGACCUUCCCGCUGCUCCCCGACCUGGUCUUUGAGGCUGGCGGUGGGCUUCGGGUUGCCUUCACUGAAGCCUGGAGAGCGAGAGGGGUCAGUGCGCACCGACCCCUCUUGCUCUCCAGACUUCCAAGGUAGCCCUCCAGAGCGCAGCAGGAACUCCCGCUGCGCUCCGGAGGCUUUGGCUGAAUGCACCUUGAACGCACCUUGUUUUAGAGGGGGAGAACAAGAAAAAAAAUUUUCCCCCCUGUUCUCCCUCUCCUAUGGACCGGUGCAUCCUAUAGAGUGAAAAAUACAGUAAUUUUCAAGUGUACAAUAUGCAUAGCUUCAAAAUGUAGCACAUUGUGAGUGCAUUCACAUGGCUGACCUGUUAAGCCAUUGCAUUUGCAACCUUCAGGCAUCAGCCCUCAACUGCUUUGCUCUUCCCUCCGUGCAGUUGGUGAAACUAGCCUGGAAGCCACAGUUUCCCAUUAAGUCUUAAGACAGGAAACUAAGGUUAAUGGCCUCCAAGCCAUGAUCUGAAAGCUGUUGUUUAAAGUUGGCUUCCUGGUCGUGGUUUAUGUAGAAGAUAUUAACCAUAGUUUCAAGUUCAGACAAAGCAAGAUGCUAUGGUUAAGUGUAGCUUUCUAGCUGGUUUGCUUGCUCACACAAAUAAAGGAGCAAAGCAGUAGGGAUUGGGGCUGCAUAUAGGUACAGUUUAUUGCAGAUAUGAUUGCACAAACAUGGCCUGUGGUCAAAACUGGACAGGUUUAUGGGAUAAAAUCCUUUGUAAUGUUUCUUGCAGCAGCUCCAUGGCGUUUGGGCACAAGAUGUUUUGGAUGGAACCUGUGUGGCUGUAAAUAACAAAUACAGGUUGAUGGCAUUUGGAUGCACAAAGUAAGUUGCAUGUCUUCGUGUAGAAUCUGAAAGGAAUGAACUUGGUAUCUCCUGUAGCCUAUCUACUCUUAAAUAAAGCUGUACUUACAGUUUCUGGAUCCCUGGUUAAGAGGUGUCCUACAAAAUGUUGUACUCUUCUUUAAAGAAAAGUACAAAAUAUGUUAUAUCUUGGGGAAACUAUAUCUUGAGACACAUUCAUGAAAUGAAGCACUUAGGAAAUUGCAUGGCAUACUGGAGAAAUACUGAGCUUUCUGUUGUUUGCUAUAGAUAAUCUUGCCGCCAUAAGUAAAUGCUUAACAUUCUUUGCAUAGUUCAGAAUGUCUAAAUAUGUAAAAAUAUCAGAUCUGGAAAAUAUUUCCCUUUUUAGUGCUGGCAAUAGCUUCGUGUUUUUACCUGUUCACUUAGUAGAGUACUCUGCUUUGUCCAGAUAUAUAUAUAUAUAUAUUAUAUAUAUAUAUAUAUAUAUAUAUAUAUAUAUAUAUAUAUAUACUAUAUAUAUAUAUAUAUAUAUAUAUAUAUAUAUAUAUAUAUAUAUAUAUAUAUAUAUAAAAAUUGUUUUGUCAGGAAUAUGCCUAUGCCUGUGCAAUGCACAUAUAUGUGGCUGUUCAUGACAUAUGUCUGGUCUUCUUCCCACCAAUAUUCAUUCUCUCUCCACGUUAUCCUUCCUCACCCCUAAUGUUGCUUCAGAAUUAAUUGAUGCUGUACAUUUCUGGGGCAGGCAGACACUUUUAUUUCCCCAAUUUUGAUUAUUGGAACAUUUAACAGAGGAAUAUCAUAAGCUACUUUCCACUAACUUUGAAAACUAAGGAACAGGUGGUUGCUGGAAAUUCUUAGCCCUAAUUAUUAAUAGUACUGUAUGGUUUGACAUCCUAAAACUUGAGUGUCUUUGGUAGAAUGUUGGUUAUUCAAAAUACAUACGUGAAACAGUCCCACUUUAGAAAGCUGAGGUGCUAACUCUUAGCUUGAAUAUAUAAAAGUUAUAUUCUUUAAGGGAUUUCUAAAACCCUAACUGAGCUGGUUGAUGUUUUAUUUGUGUUCCCAGGAUGUGUACAGUCUAGAUGUUCCUGUCAUAUAAGGUUUUUUUGUGUCACAGUUCAGUUUUGGGGAUGGAACUGGAUAGUGAACUUAAACAGCAAUGUUGCUGUGUGUGUUCAAAUGUAGGUUCAAAGCUAUAUUUCCUUAAAAUCGUUAAGGUGUUACACUACCUUACGUACUAACCCUAAGUUAAUAUACACAGAGGAGUACACUCACACACAUACAUACCAAGGAUCUGGGCUACAGAUCUUGUAACAGGCAAAAAAUAGGAAAAGGGUAAGGCCUGUAAACAUGUGUUGCCAUUAUUGUAUUUCUGCUGUUUAAGUCAUCUUGGAAUUGUAAACCAUUUCCCAAUUGGAAUUGGUUUUCUCAGUUCUGCUGGAUCUUCUCCUUUAUUGGCUUCUCCACCCCGUACUGUAUUGCCUUCUUGGCGAGGGAACCGUUUUUAUAGUUGCAACAAAAGCUCUUUCCCAUUGAAUCUGCAAUGCUAAGUGGUUUGAGAAAACUUAAUUAUUCUCUGCCAAGAUCCAGGUUUGAAUUGUCUCCGUAGAGCUUCUUGCAGCCAAUGGCAAGCCGGCCAGCAUUGUGGAAGGCGGUUCCUGCUCUGCGCUGCACCAGUUUAGCACGGUGCAUGGGAGCCGACUGAGCGGGUGGCGGGGAUCCAUGGGCUGGUUAAAUGACCCCCAUGGGCUGCUUGUGGCCCAUGGGCCUUAGGUUGCCAACCCCUGAUUUACCAGGUUGUCAAAUGCACAGGUUGGACCUAGUGCUUUUGCUUAUUAGGGUUACCAACCUAUUGAAACCAUGUUUUAAAGAUACAAGAUGCUCAGCAGUUGUGGCACUAGCACUUCCCUUUGUAGCUUGGGAGGUGAUUAUAUAGAGAUACUACUGAAGGCGAUAGAAAUGGCAAAGCAGUGUGAGAAAUGCCUAGUGAAUGAGUUGGUAAGAGCAGGCAGAUGUAAACACUUCCCUGAAGAAUAAACAGGAUUUUGAAAUGCGAAGGUCGACUAUUGUUACACGCUGUUUCACUUGAUUUAUAAAUAUUGAGAAACCCAAAAUAAAUAUACAUACACUUAGUACACAGCCUUAAAAUAUCUUUCAUUGCCUUUAAACCUGAUUAGUGGGGCAAAACUGCAUAGCAAUUCAUUCCUUCUAAUAUAUUCACCAACUCCGUCUGAGAGGCUGUGGAAGUUCUCAAGGCUUUUCUUUUCCAUUGAGCUUUUGGGUUAACAGUUUUAUAGAAUUGUUUUGUUUAAUUCUGGCUCUUGGGAUGUAUCAGUUUUAAGGUGCUACUGCUUUCUUUUGUAUUUGGUUAUUGCAGUUUAGUCACAGAGUUCAACAGAGUUGACUCCCAAGUAAUUCUACGUAGGAUUGCAACUUCUGUUUACAGUCUAACGCUGCGCACAAACUAACACAAUGGAUUUAUUUUAAAAUACUUACUUUCCUGGAAAAUGUAUUUUCCAUGGAAAAUACAGAUUUCUAAAUGCUGAAAAACUGCUCUUUUCCAGUGGUUCAGUGCAAGUUUAUACAAUUGAUCAUUCUACGGGGGCCAUGCAGCUGUCUCAUAAACUGGAGUUAACACCAAAACAAUAUCCUGGUAAGUCUGAUCAUGCCAAGAUGGAUACGGAAUGUUAGUUUGUUUUUUAAUAUAGCCCAUUGUUGGCCAGACCUGGCCCUCCAGCUGUUUCGGGACUACAACGCCCAUCAUCCCUAGCUAACGGGACCAGGGGUCAGGCCAGGAGUCAGGGAUGAUGGGAAAUGUAGUCCCCAAACAGCUGGAGGACCAAGUUUGGCGAUCCCUGAUAUAGCCCAUUCUGAUUCAAUGUAGCAAGUCAGUCAUUCGUCAAAUGAUGGCAAGUGGCAAUAAGCCCACCUAGCAGUUCGAAAGCACGUCAAAGUGAAAGUAGAUAAAUAGGUACUGCUCCAGCGGGAAGGUAAACAGCAUUUCCGUGCGCUGCUCUGGUUCACCAGAAGCGGCUUAGUCAUGCUGGCCACAUGACCCGGAAGCUGUCUGCGGAUAAACGCUGGCUCCCUCGGCCUAUAGAGCGAGAUGAGCGCCACAACCCCAGAGUCAUCUGCGACUGGACCUAAAGGUCAGGGGUACCUUAACCUUUACCUUUAAAGGCAGCACUAUAUUUAAGUAUGGGUUACCGGUAAUUUUUAACCCAUAGACAACUAUGCUUUCUCUAUUCCAAUCACUUCUGAAUUACUCCUUGUUAAAAACCUGCUUAAUAAUAAUAAUAAUAAUAAUAAUUUAUUAUUUAUACCCCGCCCAUCUGGCUGGGUUUCCCCAGCCACUCUGGGCGGCUUCCAAAAGAAUAUUAAAAUACUGUGAUACAUCAAACAUUAAAAGCUUCCCUAAACAGGGCUGCCUUCAGAUGUCUUCUAAAAGUCUGGUAGUUGUUGUUCUCUUUGACAUCUGGUGGGAGGGCGUUCCACAGGGAGGGCGCCACUACUGAGAAGGCCCUCUGCCUGGUUCCCUGUAACUUGGCUUCUCGCAGUGAGGGAACCGCCAGAAGGCCCUCGGUGCUGGACCUCAGUGUCCGGGUAGAACGAUGGGGGUGGAGACGCUCCUUCAGGUAUACUGGACCGAGGCCAUUUAGGGCUUUAAAGGUCAGCACCAACACUUUGAAUUGUGCUCGGAAACGUACUGGGAGCCAAUGUAGGUCUUUCAAGAUCGGUGUUAUAUGGUCUCGGCGGCCGCUCCCAGUCACCAGUCUGGCUGCUGCAUUCUGGAUUGGUUGUAGUUUCCGGGUCACCUUCAAAGGUAGCCCCACGUAGAGCGCAUUGCAGUAGUCCAAGCGGGAGAUAACCAGAGCAUGCACCACUCUGGCGAGCCAGUCUGCGGGCAGAUAGGGUCUCAGCCUACGUACCAGAUGGAGCUGGUACACAGCUGCCCUGGACACGGAUUUAACCUGUGCCUCCAUGGACAGUUGUGAGUCCAAAAUGACUCCCAGGCUGCGCACCUGGUCCUUCAGGGCACAGUUACCCCAUUCAGGACCAGGGAAUCCUCCACACCUGCCCGCCUCCUGUCCCCAGAAACAGUACUUCUGUCUUGUCAGGAUUCAAUCUCAAUCUGUUUGCCGCCAUCCAUCCUCCAACCGCCUCCAGACACUCACACAGGACCGUCACCGCCUUCACUGGUUCUGAUUUGAAAGAGAGGUAGAGCUGGGUAUCAUCCGCAUACUGAUGAACACCCAGCCCAAACCCCCUGAUGAUCUCUCCCAGCGGCUGCAUGUAGAUGUUGAAAAGCAUGGGGAGAGGACAGAACCCUGAGGCACCCCACAAGUGAGAGCCCAGGGGUCUGAACACUCAUCCCCCACCACCACUUUCUGAACACGGCCCAGGAGGAAGGAGCGGAACCACUGUAUGACAGUACCCCCAGCUCCCAGCCCCUCAAGACGGUCCAGAAGGAUGUUAUGGUCGAUGGUAUCAAACGCCGCUGAGAGAUCCAGCAGAACUAGGAAACAGCUCUCACCUUUGUCCCUAGCCCGCUGGAGAUCAUCAACCAGUGCGACCAAGGCAGUUUCAGUCCCGUGAUGAGGCCUGAAUCCCGACUGGAAGGAUCCAAAUGGUCCGCUUCUUCCAGGCGUGCCUGGAGUUGUUCAGCAACCACUCGCUCAAUCACCUUGCCCAAGAAUGGAAGAUUUUAGACUGGGCGAUAGUUGGCCAUCGUGGCCGCAUCUAAAGAUGGUUUUUUAAGAAGCGGUUUAAUAACCGCCUCUUUCAGCGGGUCUGGGAAGGCUCCCUCACGGAGGGAAGCAUUCACCACCCCACGAAGCCCAUCGCCCAGCCCUUCCCAGCUAGCUUUUAUAAGCCAAGCAGCCUGUCCACAUCUUCGGAGGUAACAGAUUGGAAUUGAUCCCAUGCAAUUUGACUAGACAGGACUCUAGCACUCUCCCGCCCCGGCCCUGCUCCCACGGUGGCGUCUACCUCUUCCCAAAUCUGAGCGACUUUAUCUGCAAAAAAACUUUGCAAAAUCAUUGCAGGAGAUCAUGUGGUCCGUACUGGGCCCCAGUGUAGCAGGUGGUUCCGCUAAAUAAGUCUUCUUCGCCGUCGCUACCGCCACUUGGUAGGCUCGACAUUGAGCUCUAACCGGGGUCUGGUCAGCUUCAGAAUGGGUCAUCCGCCACCGGCGCUCUAGCUGUCUCAACGAUUGUUUGAUUGCCCUCAGAUCCGUGGAAAACCACGGGGCUGUCCAGGCUCCAUGCAAUCGGAGAGGGCGCUUCGGAGCCAAACAGUCAAUACUGUUAACUCCACAUUCCAGCGGGCCACCAGGGAAUCAUCUGAAAGGCCAUCAACAUGGGAUAAAGCAUCCCCUACCACUCUCUGGAAACCAUUUGGAUCCAUUAAGUGGCGGGGGCGGACCAUCCGAAUCGGUCCCACCUCCCUGCAGAGGGGAAGGGUCGCAGAGAAAUCAAGUUGCACCAGGAAGUGGUCUGACCAUGGCACUUUUUUCAUUUCGCUUUUACUUAGUGUCAGAUCACCAACAUCCAUGGAGGUAAACACCAGGUCCAAGGCAUGUCCGCGGCUAUGGGUUGGGCCAAACUUAUUCAGGGACACCCCCAUGGAGGCCAUGCUUUCCACGAAGUCCCGAGCGGCCCCUUGUAAGGUCGUGUUGGCAUGGAUAUUAAAAUCCCCUAGGACAACCAAACUAGGUGUCUCCAGGAGAACAUCCGCCAUGACCUGAAGCAGCUCGGGCAGGGAAUCCUUGGUGCAGUGGGGAGGUCGGUACACCAAAAGGAAUCCUGUACUGCCCCUAUUGCCCAACUUCCAGAACAUGCACUCAGAGAACUGAGAACUGGGUCUUCCCAAUAGGACGCCUGGUGCAAACUAAUAACUUCCUAAAAAUCACUGCAACCCCCCCUCCCCGCCCACAAGGCCUGGGUUGCUGUGCGUAAGAGAAACCAGGUGGACAAGCAGCGGCAAGAACAGGCCCAUCUGCUUCAUCCAACGAAGUCUCUGUUACACAUGCCAGGUCAAAUCCUCCAUCCAUGAUCAAGUCAUGGAUGGCAGUGGUCUUAUGAAUCAUUGACCUGGCAUUGCACAGCAGCACCUUCAGCUCAUGUGGGUAUCCCUUGCUGAUUCUAGUAUCUGUCCGGUCACGACCAGACCCGGAGGCAGGGAUAGUCCUCAGACAACGACUAAACCUGCCUCCUCUGUAAUGACAUGGUCUGGUCUUAGCGUAACUCCUCCUCCUACCCGUGAUCACUGAGAUCGGUUGUCCCAGCGCAUCCCCCUCUGUGGAACAUGCCCCAGCCAUUUUGUUGGCUGGGACCCACUCCCCGGCAGCCCUGACCCCUCCCCUUAAGAACAAAAUAAGACCUUAAAACAAUAAAAACAAAAAACCCCAGAAAACAAAAAACUAUACAAAUAAAAAACUAUAAAAAUUACAAAUCCAUUAAAAUCAAACAAAUUCCCAACUAAACAUCCAUCCCACCCCCAUCCCCGUCCCCGCAUAUACAAAAAAAAGGGGGGGGGGAAGGAAAAUUUUAAAACAUUUUAAAAAGAACUCUGCGCCCCUCUGGAUCCCCCUGGGCCGCAGCAGCAAUGACAGCAACCGUCCUUGUGAGGCCUGUCAGGCCCCGCCCUAGGCCAGGUGGUGAGUGGCAGGAAGGAGCAGGGCCCUCAGACACUCACACAGGAGAGUCCUCCUGGGUAGCAGAGUGCAGCAGUCCUUGUGAGGCUUCAGGCCCCGCUCUGGGCCAGAUGGUGAGUGGCAGGAAGGAGCAGGGCCUUCAGACACUCACACAGGAGAGUCCUCCUGGGCAGCAGAGCGCAGCAGUCCCUGUGAGGCUUCAGGCCCCGCCCUGGGCCAGAUGGUGAGUGGCAGGAAGGAGCAGGGCCCUCAGACACUCACACAGGAGACUCCUGUGUCUUUAGUUGUCUAUACAUUGCUGUUGAAAACCAGUGGAACAUUGGUCUUUGCCUUAAAAUACUGAUGCUUACAAUCUUGCCAUAGAAUUCUAUAGAAUCUCCCAGUUCUAGAUUAGUAGUUCUGCAUGCUGACCUCAUUUCCUUCUACUAUUUAUACAGCACAGGCACAUAGAAUUUGUGUUUUGGUGAUUAAAAUACGCACAGUGCAGCUACCUAGCACCAGUGUGUUUAGACCAAGUGUGUCAUGUAAAGUUGGAAGUCUCAUUUUGCUGUCUCAUGUGCCUGCUGUAAAUUUCUGGUUGCAAAAUUGACUUACUAACCUGAAAGGAAUUGUGGCAGGGAUCCAAAAAGCUAAGAGCCUGUGCGUGUCCUGUAAGAACGGGAAUAUGAAAGGCAUGCAUCUGCCACUCAUCUUCUGAGUCCUCAUACUGUUAGGGAUUGGGAGGGAGAUGGAGCUGUCUAUGCGUAGCUGAACCUGAUUCGACUGGAUUGUGCCUUUUGAGUAUCAAUAAUUUACCAUAAAUAGCGUUCUAAAAAAUGAUUAAAGAGCAAGUGCAUAGCUUUCCAUGAUCUUACAUUGUGGAUUUUUCUGCUUUUCAAUAGACAUUUGGAAUAAAACCGGAGCUGUUAAACUAAUCAGAUGGUCUCCCGAUAGUUGUGUUGUUAUGGUGACUUGGGAAUGUGGAGGCCUCUCCUUAUGGAGUGUAUUUGGUGCCCAGCUGAUCUGUACUCUAGGAGGAGACUUUGCGUAAGUAUCUUUUAAGCAAUGUUGUAACUGAGGAAGCUUAGCAAAAUGGCCCGAUGCAUCUCCUGUUUAGCAUUUUAUUUAUUGUGCAUUGUUCUGUAUUUUGUGCAACACUUCCAUGACCAUAGUCGUGUUGUUUCUAGUGGCUUAACAAACCAUUUAAAAUAAAUUUUUGAAUGGACCAGUAAAAUGCUCAUUACACUAUAUUGGGCUGCAUUUGUUUUUAUCAGAACAAUCAGACACUUAAAAAUAUUAUUAAUGUUUUGGAAUCAGACUUUGUCUCAGGCCACAAAAGCUUAUUCUUUCUGAAUCACACUACAUUUCCCAUAGAUUCUUUUCCUACAUCCCGUGUGUCUAUCUGCCACCCCUCCUCUCAUUUAAUUUGCCCAUUUUUAACCUCAUCAGCACCUUCUUUUUAACUGAUUAGAGCUUCUGAAAAUGAUCAGGUGUUUCCCACCUAUAGUUGGAAAGUGUAGGUCUUGUAGGUUUCUGUGCUUUUUCUGCUUUCUGUGUUUUUACUGGGAUGUACUUAGGGUUGCAGAAGUGCUCCCUGGUCGUCUGCAUGCCCAAUGCAAUGACUAGAAAGUUGAAUUUGGCAUGUUGUAGUUAUAUUGUUUAAAUGUCAAAGAAAAUGUUUGUAAUUUGCUAAGGAUCACUAGAAUUGGGAGAGGGAAAUUUUGAUAUUCUGAAAAUAGAAUAGGAGGUAUGUACUUUCUCAAAGACAGGGCCUUUCCUUCAGUUUAAUAUAUCUGGGUACAGAAAAAAAUUCCUUCUUCUUAACAUGCAUGCCACUUUAAAAAGCCUCGUUUGAAUCUGUUUUGUUUUUAUUUUAAGUAAUCGGUCUGAUGGUACCAAAAAAGACCCUCUGAAGAUCAGCUCUAUGGUAAGCACUGUUUGAGCAUCUAUCUGUGUCACAUGCAUGUGGCAUGGUCAAAUUUCAUUUUAAGCACAUCCCAUAUAAACCUACCUAGAUUUAGCCCAUUGUAUUCGACUAGCACUUUUUCUUGCUGUUUCAGUUUAGCAGUUUUCAGGAUUAUUUUUGCCACCCAGUUUAAUCAAGGAAUUGCAUUCAACUCCAUUGAGGCUUCCCCAAAAUUAUUUCUCUCUGGGUGAAUCUUUCAGCUGUUGUCCCACUUGGCACCACCUUGCAUUUCCUCUAGCAAAAGUAGCAGCAAACGUGGUCAUAUAGUUUCUAGUGCAGGCAGAGGCAAACUCCGGCCCUCCAGAUUUUUGGGGACUACAAUUCCCAUCAUCCCUAGCUAACAGGACCAGUGGUCAGGGAUGAUGGGAAUUGUAGUCCCAAACAUCUGGAGUUUGCCUAUGCCUGUUCUAGUGUGUGAUCAUGAUGGGCAAGGCAAGUGCUAUAUAAUAUGGUUGGCGGGCUAACUUUUGUGCAGUGGUCUCAUCUGCCAUUUCUGCUGGCAUGACGAAAGCUUGUAUGUGUCACCUCUUGGCCAUUGGAAGGGGUCGGGAGGAGACCAGACAGUAACAAAUGGGAAAGCAUAAGGAACAGCAGAAGAAAGGGAUUGUUGAGAAGGAGGAAGGCAACAAACCCGUAUUUUUGGACAGCCUUAAAAUAGACCCCUGAAUUAUUGCAUGGAAAUUGCUACAAAAUGUUUUCCCCUCCAGUAUUUUUCCCCCAGCAGUUUUAAAUAAUUGAUCGUUUUUAUUUAUUUAUUUAUUUCAGAGUUGGGGAGCAGAAGGCUAUCAUCUAUGGGUGAUUGAUGCAAAUAGCUCUGGGAUGGAGAGAGUGGGCAAAAAUGAAUCCCAGCAUUUUGGUAUCUUACAGUUUCAGUUCAUCAAGAGUGCACUCACAGUUAACCCUUGCAUAGUAAGUAUGCAUAAAUCUUCUUGUUAAUGUAUUAUACUUCUAAGUAACUUUUCGUGCAUUUUUGGCCAAGUUUAUUCUUGUUUUGACUACAGAACAAAAGUUUCCCCUGUUUCCCCUAGUAACACUACUAUGCAAGAGUCACUCUUCAACUAAAGCCUUUCAAAAGUGAAAGUGAUUCCAUUUUAAAACAAUUUUCUUUAGUAACUUAAUCCAUUUUAAUUGGAAUUUUAUUGAUUUCUCUUACUGUUCAUUGUUUGCUGACUUGAAGCAUUUAUUCCUAUAUUCAUAGAGCAACCAGGAGCAGGUCCUCCUUCAGGGAGAAGAUCGCUUGUACUUGAACUGUGGCGAUGCAAUACAAGCUCAGAAUCCUAGAAAUUCUGCAACACACUCUGAACAUAAAGCUGUCAGAGAAAGAGGCCAUUUUUCAGAUGGGAGCUUAGAUUCUCAGGGUUUAAGCACUUUAUUAGGGCAUAGACAUUGGCAUGUUGUACAGGUAAGGUGCCUUGUUGGCAUUGUUACUGUUUUCUUCGUCUCGUCAUUUAUUUAUUUAUUAUAUGCUUGUUGCAAUGCAAUAGGAGAGGAUCAGGUGAAAAGUAAUGACUUUCCAAGAUGAAAACAUGAGCCGCUUAGCUGUGUUGGAAUUUGAGCCUGAGUCUUGUAUAUCAAAAUCCAACGUCCUAUCCAGUGGUAUCUAUUGUUUUUUAAGAACAAAGAAUCCUGAUAAUGAUAAGUCUUACUUGCACAGUACCUUCCUAAUUAAAAAUGAUUUUAUGGCACUGGAAGAAAAAUAAACUGCUAAUCUUGUACAUAUAAAUUGUCUUGCCUUGCUCUUGAAUGGUACCUCCAUGUGGCCAUUGUUUCCAAAGCAAAUUGCAAAUAAGUUUUGCAUUUGAGCCAUGUAGGAUUUUACAAGGUGAAAACUGAAAAUAGCUGAAAGAAAAGCAUGCUAAAUGGUAGCAAUUUUUUAUUAUGAUUGUUAAUUCUUUUUCCUCCUUCUCUUUUUAAGAUACACAAUACUUACUUAGAGAUCAAUUGGCCUAUAAGGGUGAGUUGUUUUAAAAUAUUUAUUUUGCAACUUUGGAUUAUAUAUAAAUGCAAAGAUUAAAUUUAAAGGAAUGAUAUAGCAUGAGGAAAUUUACAUUAGCUGUCGUUAUAGAGGUGGGGGUAAAGAAGGCAAGUAGUGAACCAGUGUCUCAUUGUUCCUAUUAAGGCUCUAACAAAGUUGUAUUUCUUUCCUUCCUUCCUGUGAACAGUUUUCAGCUAUUGAUAAGAUGGGGCAGAAUGUAGCUGUAGUUGGCAAGUUUGGUUUUGCACAUUACUCUUUGCUUUCCAAAAAAUGGAAACUGUUUGGAAACAUUACCCAGGUGAGUAGUUGGUUUUUUAACAUAUGUGAAGAAAUGCAACUGUUAGAAAAAUUCUUUCCUAAAUUCAAAUAAUUUUGAAUAAUUAGAUUUUGUGAAAUGUGAGGCAUUCUGCAUAAUUUUGAACAGGGGUGUUGUGGGGAGUAAAGUGAGGAGGGAAAGAAACUUGAGCUCCUUGCAGAAGAAGGUGGGAUAUAAAUGCAAUAAAUAAAAUAAAAUUUAUGUUUCGAGGGAAAGAGGGUAUGCCUACCAAGAAACAGAGCUUUCCUAUAGUGAUUCCUAAAGGAUCCAAACAGCAGAGCUGUUUGCAGGAGCACAAAACAGUUGCCUGUUAUAAUAGUGGUGGUGUUUUUAUCUAGCAAAGAGGGGAGCUGUCAGAAUAGAUUUAGACUUCUCGCUGAUAAUAUGUGAUGCGAAAAGAAGAUGCACGCAGUUCAUAGGGCCAAGAUGCCUCGCAACUUGCUCUUGCUGUAACCUUAAAUUAGCAGACAGUUCUGAUGGAGUUCAGUUUGGAAGAGAGGUGCAGAGAUGACUAAGGCAGGCACAGGGUGAUCGCCUCUCCACUGGGGGCCAAAGCAAAUGUGCACAUGUUUACCAAAACCAGUUCUGUCUCUUUUGUCUAUAAAGUAGGGAUAUAGAGGUUUAACUUUGUAUACUAAGUGGAGUGCAUAAGAAAAGCAGAAGGAAAACUCUUCCUCACCCCCGCCGCCUUGCUUACAAUAUUCUUCUGCUUUAAGCUCCUCCUCAGCUCAGUAUGGAUACCAGAAAUGAGCUGGCGGGAAUAAAACUGCUCAGAGCAGCAGGAUGCAAUCACAUAAGGAGGGGGAGGUCUUUGCUCCCUGUUUUCCUGUGUUCUGUUAAUUCCCCACCACGACUUUCAAGCCAGAUGAACACACCUGGUUUGACUCUUAACCAGGCAGCAGCAUCACACAUUCCACAUACUGUGGAUGGAGUGGAAUGCUGCCUGGUCAUUGGUAGAGUUCAUACUCUGUAUACUAAAGGCCUCAGGUUCAGUCUGCAGCAUCUGCAGUCAGAAGGAUCUUAUAGCAGUUGAUGCGAAAGAGACCCUGGAGAGCUGCUGCCUUUCAGAGUAAACAAUACUAGGCCAAAUGGACAAAAAGUCUGAUUAAACACAAGGCAUUUUUUUUCUGUACGUGUUGCUACUUCUCUUUUUUUUAUGUGAGCCAUGUCCACACCGAACAACAACAGUAUGUAGGAUGCUGAAACAGUAAAGUGCUUAGUUGAGCCUUUGUGAACCUGAUUUUUAUUGCUUCAUAGUUUACAAAUUAUGUUCCUGUUGCAAACACAAGUUUACAAAUGCAUUUAGCAUUUAUGGAUAAACUGGGGGAAUGAAAGUUGUUGUUUUUAAGAAAUGUUGUUUAAUGCUUGCUUUUUUUUAACUUUAAGGAACAAAACAUGACUGUGACUGGUGGCUUAGCCUGGUGGAAUGAUUUUGUCGUUAUUGCAUGUUAUAACUUAAGUGACCGCCAAGAAGAGGUAAGGCAUGGGGUUUUUUAAUUGACAAUUUGCUAGUUGUUGUGCUUAAUGCUACUGUCAGUCAGGGAAGGAUGGUUUCAUUACAUCUACCAGUAGAAUUCACUUAAGCUCUGAAAACUUAAUUCCUGAAAAUCGUAUUAUUUUUUACUUUUCUAAGGAAACUUUUCCUUUUAACUUCAUGGUUCUUAAGUUUGUACUGAAAGUUUGUAAUCUGAGUUACCUGUGCCAUGUGCUUCUUACCUGGCCUGCCCCACCACUAAUAGUAGAAGAAUGGAGGUGGGGGAUAAGUAAUGGGUGCUUAGGGGGACAUUUGCAGUCACCCCCCCCCCCGAAAUGCCAAUUCAUAAUAACGAGGCCAUGGAUUCUGUUGAUGAACCUGUAGAUCAAGAGCAGACUGCUUAACAAAUUUCUCUUGCGGGUGGGUCUUGAGUAUUCGUAAAUUCAUUUUCUGCUUAGACUCAUUAUCCAAUUCAUAAUAGUGGGGUGCUUUUUUUCUAUAUUUCAGCUAAGGGUGUAUUUGCGAACAGCCAAUCUGGACAACGCGUUUGCCCAUAUCACCAAAGUGCAGGCAGAAACAUUAUUACUCAGCGUCUUUCGGGACAUAGUAAUUUUGUUUAGAGCAGACUGUUCUAUUUGCCUUUAUAGUAUUAAAAGAAAACCUAAUGGGUAAGUAUAUUAUGUAAACAGUUAUUUAUAACCUUUUUUCCCAUUCUUGCUUUUAGUUUGUGUUUGUGUGUAAGAGAAGGAGAGGGGUGGGCGGGUUAAAAUUUAGUAACCCUUCCUGGAACAUCUUGAAAAGCAGGCAGCUUUUUACAAGCUCAGUUGUAUACUGUAGUUAGCACUGAGACAAAGAAUAUUUGUGUCCGUUUCUGUCAUCAUGCCCCAUUCACCCGUGCAACUCCCUCAAGGACCAGAUCCCAGGGAAGCAGACUUUAAAUGUGACGUCUCAUUUCCCCUUAGCAUUAGCACCAAGAAAAUUCACAUGCCAAGCUAAAAUUUUGUGUAGUUGCUACGUUUAUAGCCUAUUGUGGAGUUGUGGUUUGAGUGAUAAUUAAGCCACGAGGCUCAUUGGGGUGACCUUGAGCCAGUCUCUCUCUCUCUCAACCUAUACUGCCACACAGGUUUGAUGUGAGAAUAAAACAAAAAGCCACAUGUGCAGCCUUAAACUCCUUGAAAAAAAGGUGGGGCAUAAAUGUAGUAAAGAAGACUCUCCUCAAUUUUAUUUGCUGCUUGAAUAAGACCCAGGGUGGAAUUCAAGGCCUGCUCACACAAUGGGGUUUCUCCCCUACUGCUUUCCCGAAAUCUGUCCUGCGUUUUUCCUGAAACCUCCAGAGCAGAUUUAGGGGGUGUUAGCAGGGGAGAAGUUCAGUAGAUCUCAUUCCAUGCACACAACUGCUUAGUUGAAUCCUGCCCAUAGGGAACAGCUACCUAAAAUAUUUAUAGAUAGCAUUGUUAAUUAUAGGAGCCUUUUUCAUUAUCUGUAAAUUAACAAACAGAUGAAUUAAGAUAUUGGAGGAUCUCUGCAACAGUGAUAGGGAACCUCAGGCCUGGAGGCCAAAUGUGGAUUUCAGGACUCUUUCCCCCAAAUCACACCUAUCCCCAGGCUGCACCCCUCAUUGACCCUGCUCCAUUUCCUACGGAAGUGCCUUUGCCUAGUUGGAACAUGCCCUUGAACUGUAAUAAUCCCUCUUACCUGGAUGGAGGGGGAGCAAACGCAUAAACCUCAGACUUUUGCACAGGUGGGAUGUAUUCAAAGGUAGUCUCUGGCCUCACCCACUGUUGCUUCCAGGUCCACCCACCACAAGCAACGUGGCUCUUGGAAGGUUGCCCCUGGUGGAAGGUGGCUCUCAGUUCCCUAUCCUGAUCUUUAAGUUCAGCAGAUGGCAGAAAUUAUUAUUCUGUACGGCUAGGAGCGUUGUCACCAUUUUUGCCUUUGCCUUUCAGUCCCAAUCCUACUACCAGUAUUCAGGUUCUUCAGGAGGUUUCUAUGUCACGAUAUAUCCCUCACCCUUUCCUUGUUGUGUCUGUUACUUUAACAUCCGUGAGAACAGAGACUGGCAUCAGCUUGAAAAUGCCGCAGCAGGUAUGUACAGGUACAGUUUUUGAGGACUGCAGGGGAAAUAUACACUAACCCUGCUGUGUAAACUGCGACAGGUUGAGGGCUGUUUCAUCAGUGAGACAACUCUUGGUACAAUGUUUAAGACAUCGUUUGAAACUAAAACUGUCCAGAGAGAUGCUUGAAUUUUAUUUACUACAGCAGCAUGUGAUUUCAUGACCUUUAAGCAAAGUUUCAGCACCUGUCAUUCUAUGAUUCUAAAGCCUACCACUCACUAAAUCUGCCAAGGGGUAUUUAAGUGCUGUAGGUAGGGAAAUGCCUUGAUCUGGGUGGGGAAGUGCAACCAUUUCUGGGUAGAAUCAGACAAAGCCCUCCCUGAAGGCUGUUAACAGUUUGGGAGUUCUUCUGGACUCAGCUCUGCUUGUGGAAGCAUGAGUGGUGAUGGCAUCCAGGGGUGUGUUACCAGCUCAGGAUGGUACACUAGUUGUGACCCUGCAUAAGCAAAAGGCAGGUACUAGUGACAUCCAUGAGACAUAAGCACAACUGCUUUUGGAGAUAACUUGGAAUCUUGCUUGUUAGGGUGGAUGAUCAGAGCUUAUUACACUGUUUCUGUACCAGUUUAACUGGGCCCAAUUUGAAUGGCUGCUUUUAAUCUUUAAAACAUUGAACUGUUUGGGAGGCACGGUGUGUGUUCAGCGUCUCCCAAAUGCCAAACACUGGGCUAGCAAAGCUGCUUCUACGGGAAUUUGGCUGUGCAGUCGUGUUCCCCACAGAAUCAAAGGCCAGUUAGGAAGUGGCCAAUAGGCACCUGAAAAGAGGGGGGGACUGUUUCUUCUGAUUUGGGGAGCUAACAUUUGGCCCCUUCAAUUAGACUGGAAUCUGCAGAGCAUAGCGAUGGCAGAGACCCUUGCACUGCACUUCUCCAGCUGGCUUUGGGGCACUUGGGGGCACUGCACAAGGGACUUUGACAGGUGGGCAGAAGAACCCACUUGUCUGUCACUUGUUGGUGUAAUGUCAGAGUUGGCCCAUGGGGUGGAAACAAAUAAGGACCUGGCCCACUGGGCCAAAAAUCCCGCCCCCCCACAAAACCACUGAGAGAGAUUGUCAGAAGGGCUAACAGGGAUGGGUGUCACCCAGGGGCUGAUGACACUCAACUCUGUUUUCACUUUUCAUCUAAUCCAGGUGAGCCAGUGAGGUCCUUCAUGUCUGUGAUCAGUGGUGGACUGGAUGAGGAUGAAUAAACAAGUCUACAUUAAGAUUCUUUUAUGAUUAUUGUGGCGUUAACCCAUUCACAUUUCAGGAUAAAAGGGAUAGAUUCUGUAGAGGUGAAGGAAGUAAUAGAGCUUUAUCUUUUUUAAGGCCUGUGAAGCAGAGAGCAUCAUGUUAAACUUAGCAGGACAGUUAAUUAUGGUGCAGAGGGAUCGAUCUGGUCCACAGAUAAGAGAGAAGGAGAGUAAUCCCAACCAAAGGAAACUUGUGAGUUAACCUAUGAGAAUAUCUUUUUCUAAAACAGUAUAAAGAAUAUGCAUUGUGAAUGUGUAGCAGUGGUUUAUAACACAGCAUGAACCGUGUAGUUAAACCAUCUAAGACUCUCUGAAUGGAUAACUCCGGCUUUUGUAUGUACUUGAUUUCCAAACCAUCUUUAAAAAUUGCUUCGUGCACAGAUUCUCACUGUAAACUGUUUCAUUUUUUGUUUUUAAAUAGCACAUGCCUGCCUACCACAGCUACUUAGGGAGACUGACUCUGAUUAAUGUAUAUACAGUCACACAUUCCUUUGUCACAAAACAUAAAUAAUUGUGUGAAACACUCUGGUCUCUUUGCCAAUGGAGGAAAAAGGGGGACUAAAAUGAGCCUCUGGAAUUCCUAGCAAAUUGGACAUUAGUUUUGUAGUACUUUACCAAACUGUGUUUCACCUCUGUAUACUUAUAGCCAUGUUAUGUUACUAUUGAAGAUUAACAAGGUGAAUAAUGGAGAAUGCUACCUUUCCAAGUUAGAACUGUGCUCUUGCUUGCUUUUUAAAUAUAAAAUAAUACUAUUAAGGGGUAACAAGAGAAAUGUAAAAACUGUUUAGUUAAGGAGAUAUCUGGGUGAACUAGUAAUCUAAUAUUUACACAUAUUCACUACAAGAUAGAAAAUGAGGCUGGGAAAGGAAUGGCUCACACCAGACUUUUAGAAUAAACUUGUAUGAAAAGGUAAAAAGAAAGUAGUUUUUAAAGGAAUUGUGCUUUUGUUUUUAGCUGCCAUUUUGUGCUCCAGUUGUUCUUGCCCAGUCUGUUGAAAAUGUUUGGACUACAUGCCGUUCUAACAAACAGAAACGACACUUACUGGAGGCUCUGUGGCUCAGCUGCGGUGGCUCAGGUAUGAAAGUCUGGCUUCCUUUGUUUCCCAGGGACCACCGCAAACCGCAUUCCUUUCUUUCAAGACGGAUCAUGUUGCCUUUCCAUAUUAACAUAUACCCCUUGGCCGUCCUGUUUGAAGAUGCCUUGGUUCUUGGUGCUGUGAAUGACACUGUGCUCUAUGACUGUUUAUACACUCACAGCAGCGCCGCAGAACAUGUAGAGGUUCUCUUCCCUUUCUGUAUUGUCGAGAGAACAUCUCAGAUCUACCUCCAUCACAUUUUACGCCAGCUUUUGGUGAGGAACCUGGGCGAACAAGCCUUGCUUUUGGCUCACUCCUGCGCCACGUUACCGUACUUUCCUCACGUGCUCGAACUGAUGCUGCACGAAGUGCUGGAAGAAGAAGCUACCUCGCGGGAUCCCAUUCCCGACCCUCUGCUUCCCACUGUGGCUAAAUUCAUCACAGAGUUCCCCCUCUUCCUGCAGACAGUUGUUCAUUGUGCUAGGAAGACAGAAUAUGCCCUGUGGAAUUAUCUCUUUGCUGCUGUCGGGAACCCGAAAGACUUGUUUGAAGAGUGUUUGAUGGCCCAGGACUUAGACACAGCUGCUUCUUACCUUAUUAUUCUACAGGUAAAUGCAUUCAUUCGUUUUAUUCCAAAGGGAGAUGCUGCGAGCAUGUUGCACAAAAGCGAUGGGCCAUUUUACUUGUUGUUGUUGUAUGCGUUAUAUCCAUUUAAGUUCUAUUCAGAGUAUAGACCCAUUGCAGUGAAUGGAAGUAAGUCACGCCCAUUUCAGAGGGUCUACUCACAAGUAUGACUAAAGUUGAAUUCAACAGAAACAACUAAAACAAAGCUUUCUGAGGUGGGAGGGGGAGGAUAUGAAAUGAGUGGUACUUUUUUUAAGGGAACAAACAUGAUUAAUGGCUCCCAUGCAUUCCUCAACUAUGGAAGUUCCCAUAUGGAGGCAUUGAUCCUUACAGUAGUUGCCUCCAGGCCAUCCUACUGACUCUUCUGUGAUAGGACUGGGAAUGUUUAAAUGGUGCUGUGGUGAUUUAGAUUCCCUGAUAAUAAUUUUUAUUAGUUUUCAAUUACAAUCCAAUAAUAGCCUCAUUAUAACAAAAGCAAUUUGUAAUUCCAUUACUAAUACCAAUCAUUCAAAUACCGAAUUAUAUAAUUUAGGUGGCCCCCUCGCUUGCUAGAAUUGAUGGUUUGAUUAUUUCUUUAUUUCUGCAUUCCAAAAUCUUAAUUUCAAUUACAUUUGGGUCACAAUAAUAAUCCCUUAUACAACAACUGCAAUAUUAGUAACUUCUAUUUGUGUUGACACAUUAAAUGAUUUCUAAAACUACAAGUGAGGCACUGAAGCUAUAUCCUUGUUCUUCCUGUGUCACAAUUAUUCUGUCCUUGGUGUUUCUUCCUGUCCUUGUAAAAUUAGAUUUCCACAGUGAAUGGAGGACAUAUGGUCCAAAGUGCAUUUCCAUCCACAAUCCUCAUUUUUUUAAAAAAGAUUUCUUCCACAGGAGCUAUUUCUUGAACCUUGUAAGAGAAAUAAUAUACGAACUCUCACAUCAGUGGCUCCCAUCUAAAAGUGUUUUGUGUUGCCUCUAGAACAUGGAAGUUCCAGCAGUUAGCAGGCAGCAUGCCACUUUGCUAUUCAAUACCGCCUUGGAGCAGGGAAAGUGGGAUCUCUGUCGUCACAUGAUCAGAUUUCUGAAAGCCAUUGGCUCUGGGGAGUCAGAGACACCUCCUCCUACACCAACAACUCAGGUUUGUUAGAUGAACACGAUAGAUCUGUCAUAUAUGUUACUGGCAAUUAUCAAAGAGUAAUUUAAUAUAUACUUAAUAGCAGAAAGAAUGUGCUCCCUGUGACACUGAAGGGUAUCAUCUGUUCAAUCUACAGCUGUACAGGGACGCAGGUGGCGCUGUGGUCUAAACCACUGAGCCUCUUGGGCUUGCUGAUCAUAAGGUUGGCAGUUCGAAUCCCCGCAAUGGGGUGAGCUCCCGUUGCUCUGUCCCAACUCCUGGCAACCUAGCGGUUCGAAAGCACGCCAGUGCAAGUAGAUAAAUAGGUACCACUGUGGCGGGAAGGUAAACGGCGUUUCCGUGCGCUCUGGCUUCCGUCAUGGUGUCCCGCUGCACCAGUAGCGGUUUAGUCAUACUGGCCACAUGAAUUGGAAAGCUGUCUGCGGACAAACGCCGGCUUCCUCGGCCUGAAAGCGAGAUGAGCACCGCAACCCCAUAGUCGCCUUUAACUGGACUUAACCAUCCAAGGGUCCUUUACCUCCUUUUACCUUUACAGCUGUAUAAGAGAACAAACCAUAUUAUUUUAAUAUUGGCAAGUUACAUUAAAAUGAAAUAAGGAAGUAAUAACUUUAUAUGGCUUACAUAGUUGUUGAUCAAGAGAUAAUCAAUAAAUAUUGUAAACUCUGAUUUUUUUAAAAAAGAUGUGUCUUCUCUUAGCUCUCAGGCCAUGCCUCCUGUCCCACCCUGCUGUUGUAUCAUAUUUUUCUUUAUGCUUUCUUCCAUGUAGGAACCUAGUUCAAGUGGUGGCUUUGAAUUCUUCAGAAAUCGCAGCAUUAGUUUGUCCCAAUCUGGAGAAAGCCUUCCUCCUGGCAAGUUUAACUUGCAGAAAACCUUGAGCAUGCCCUCUGGUCCAUCCGGCAAAAGGUAAUGUGAUACCAGAGGCUAUAAUCCUCAUGAUGGUAGAACGGAAUGUACAAGGUCUCUUCCUAGUCUCUUGAGAACCUAAGAAGUCCAUGCUGGAUCAAACUCAUGGGCCUCCUAGUAUCCUAUUCUCACAGUGAGAAUAGUAGUCCAACAUGGUCCUUGGAAGACAUGGCAUAGAUCAGCAAAGAAGUACCGUGGAAACUAAUCUCAAAUUAACUGGGUUUUAGUCAUGUGUCCUGAUAUUCUCUCCAUAGGUGGAGUAAAGACAGCGACUGUGCCGAGAAUAUGUACAUUGAUAUGAUGUUAUGGCGACACGCCCGGCGCCUCCUGGAAGAAAUCAGGCUUAAGGACCUUGGUUGCUUUGCUGCCCAGCUGGGCUUUGAGCUGAUAGGCUGGUUGUGUAAGGAGCGCACCAGAGCUGCCCGUGUAGAGGAUUUUGUAACAGCUUUGAAGAAACUGCACAACGACUUUCUCUGGCCGUUUCCAAUUAUUCCAGUUUGUUCCAUAAAUUCUCCUCUCAAGAAUGGAAAGUACAGGACAGGUACUGUGUCCUCAGUGUGUUUUUUGUUUCCACAACUAGGAAGUAAAAGCAGCUUCUAGGCCUGACCAAAAUCUGGAAGGAACAGAAGUGCAAUUGCCUAGAGCUUCCUUAUUCCUUCGUAUUCCCAAGUUGGUUGCAUUUGUGCUAAAUCAAAAGUUGACCUCACUUUGCAGAGAGAGUUUCAGAGAUCGGUUUGCAUACAAGUUAGGUAAAGGUAAAGGGACCCUUGACGAUUAGGUCCAGUCGUAGCCGACACUGGGGUUGCAGCGCUCAUCUCGCUAUACUGGCCGAGGGAGCCGGCGUACAGCUUCCGGGUCAUGUGGCCAGCAUGACUAAGCCGCUUCUGGCGAACCAGAGCAGUGCACGGAAACGCCGUUUACGUUCCCACCAGAGCGGUACCUAUUUAUCUACUUGCACUUUGAUGUGCUUUUGAACUGCUAGGUUGGCAGGAGCUGGGACCGAGCAACGGGAGCUCACCCCGUCGUGCGGAUUCGAACCGCCGACCUUCUGAUCAGCAAGUCCUAGGCUCUGUGGUUUAACCCACAGUGCCACAAUAGGCAAUUUUAAUUGUUUUGGUGUACACACACACACGUAACCUGGCUUAGAUUCAAAGUCCUAUAGUAUUAAUUAAGAAUGAAAUCUUGACACGUGUUCAUUGGCUAUCGGGAGCCAUCGUUUAUUAAUGUGCUUUCUUUUCCAGUAAUAGGUGAACAACUCUUAAAAUCCCAGUCUGCCGACAGCUUUCUGAACAUGGAAGUGGACAGUGGCAUUCCAAACGUGCCACGAAGUCACAGCUGGCUCGGUGCCAUCAGUUCCUCUCAAAGAGAGAUGGAUGCAGCAUCUUCCCAUGGUCCUCACAUGCAGGAGGCAUUUCUCUCCCCUUUGUUAAAUAAAGGUAUGUGAGUCCUUCAUCCCCACAGUCGGCUUCCUUUGAGAAUGCAUUUAAGUUUCACAUUUUCUCGAGGGAAAGGGGAGCAAGGAAUACUUUGCACAUCUCGCGGCUUCCUUCUGCUUUCUAGUCUUUCUCUGGAAUUCUUAAAGAACAGAAGGAAAUGGAUUAAGCAAAAACAGUGCUGGUAAUAAUGGAUGGAUCUAGGCUUAGAAAUGCUUAGAGCAUGACUGCCAUAGUGUGCCGUGGAGAAUUUCAGGGCAUAUUGUAGAAUGUUCACUCAUUUCACUUGGGGUAUUAAACAGGCCUCACUAACAGUCUGUGUAAACUCUGAGCACACUUUUAAAACCUAUUCAGUAUUACGGGUGGAAAUCAGCUGUGGUUGGCAAGCUUUAUUUCAGAGAAGUUGUCUUAAUUACUGAUCUUAUUGAAGGGAAAGCCAAGGCUUCCCUUUAACAGUUUGGAAACCACAGAUCUCAAGGUUGCCAUUCUGUUGGGUUCGCUAUACAGACAUGAUCAGUACUGUACUAAUUUUCUAAGUUCCGCAUUAAAAUGAAAGUGUUUCAACAGGUGAUGAAUGUAGCAUUGGUUCAGCAACAGACCUGACGGAAACAAGCUCUAUCGUGGACGGAGACUGGACGAUGGUGGAUGAGAACUUCUCAACACUGAGUUUAACACAAUCCGAGCUGGAACAUAUCUCCUUGGAGCUGGCCAGUAAAGGGCCACAUAAAUCACAGGUUCAGCUGCGGUAAGUUAGGUUGGAAUUUGUAGUAAAGGGGUGAGGAGUAUUUGCUAUGUCUCCUUGAAGCCAGUCUUCGCAGGUUGGGGUUAAAGAGCACAGCAGUCUUGCAGUGGUGUUAAAAAGUUUAUUUUGCCUUACCCUGUUUGCUUCAACUUUUUGCUCUUCUGUAGGUAUUUGCUUCAUAUUUUUAUGGAAGCAGGAUGUCUGGACUGGUGCGUUAUUAUAGGCCUUAUUCUCCGGGAAUCUUCAAUAAUCAGUCAAGUUUUUAGCCUAAUACAAUCUUCAGAGGUUGAUGGAGAGAUGUUGCAGAACAUAAAGAUGGGAUUGCAGGCAGUAGAUAGAUGGGCCUCUACAGACUGGUAAGUUUCAUGAGCCUUAUCCCCUCCCAUUGUCUGCCAAAUAAAUCCCCAUGCAGUUCAACAUAGCAUUGAAGUACACUGGUGAUUAAAGGAUGAAUUUUUAAUGUUGGACCUGUCUCAACCAGGAACUGUUCAGUGACCUCAAUAAUAGGCAUGAUAUAAACGGUAUGAUAUUAUAAAAACUAAACAGUAGUGUGAAAACAGGUUGUAUCUAUCCAUAGAACAAGCAGGGUAUGCAUGUAUAUCUCAAAUCACAGUGACUUGGGAUAUGGUGGGAGCACCUUCAGGGUAAUAAGGGAAACUUGGGACACCAUAUGAGUAAAUACAGGCUUUUACUGUUAAAAGUCUUUCCGCAGCCAUUAAUUUAUGAGCAAAAUGUUUUGAGUACGUUUAGUGCGAGGUACAUCAUGUUCUGAGCUUUAAUGACCAGGAGAAGGUCAAAGCCCGAAUUAGGAGUUUUAAGAUAAUUAACUGGAACGACUUUUUUCUUUUAUGUCCUUUAGCCUUGGGUACAAGCCAUUUUUAACCGUCCUCAAGCCCCAGCUCCAGAAACUGAGCGAGAUAGCAGAGGAACAAGUGCAGCAGGAGGCCUUUCAGCCCGCAAACCUCUCGAGAGCAGCAGAACAAGCCAGCCCGAGGGCAGAAGAAAACAGAAGUUUAGCUGGCCACAGUGCCAGUCCUCAAACUGACCCUGGCAGUAGCACUAUGACGCGGCACGAUGAGGACAUGAUUGGAGAGGAGGAAGAGGAGGACCCACUCCCAGAAGGCAGUUAUGACUGCACUGUGUCCUAACACUGCCUGAAAACUUUUGGCUGAUCAUAUGAAUAAGAGCACAGCAUCAUAGUAAUGGCAUUUAAGAACAUUGCUUUUGGGGGGGAAAGUAAUCAAAGCCUUCAACAGUUAAACUUUUCCUUUUUUUUUAAUGCUUUUUUGGUGUGUUUUUUUAAAAAUGCAUUAACUAGAGAACCUUCUUAAAUCUGUGAAAACUUCCUAGUAAGCAGUCUUGGCUCUUUCAUCUAUAAACCUGGCUAUGUGGAAAGCAAGAAUAUCGUAUUUGUAGUUUUCAUACCAAGAUAAUUUUAUUUUGGAGAUCUUGGUUUUUUCCGCCCUGUCCCCCCUCUUGUCCUCAAAUAUUUUCCUGUUGUUUUGGAUAACUGAUCAUGCAGAAGGACAUAUAUAUCAGUGCACAAGUUGAGUUCCUUUGGGAUGCAAGAAGAAUGCAGCCUAAUAUCCGGAGGUUCUAAAUUAAACUGGUCCCCUCUGGAAAACGAGACAAUAUUUAAGAGGAGUGUGUGUCUAUAAUGUUCAGCUUGCCUGGUUUUUGAACCCAAACUUUUAAAAAAUCAACAAUGAAGCUAACUAGGAUAACAACUUCGUACGUUCUGCUUAGCUUGAUUGCCGGAAACGAUGGCUUGAUGGAGCUAGGCUCUGUCUGUUUUAUAGAUUAUGCUGUUUGAUAUCACUAGACUUUUUAUAUUAAAUAAUUGUAAAAUACAUUGUAUGUUUUGUGAAUAUUCCUGUAUAUUCUGUUCAUGCUUCUGGUGCUUGUAUUGCAGUGAAGGGGAGCCGAGCCCUCUCUGUCUUGCAUGCUUUGACCUUUAAUUCCAGGAAAAUUGAAGCAUAGUUGCACUUCCAUCAGGAUGCAACAAGACCUUCACUGAACUCUUCCACGGCAGUAGAAACAGUUGCUAGGGACAUCGUUUUGUUUCCGGACCUAUUCAGAUGUAUCCUAAGCAGAUUUUAAACAAAUAACGGAAGGUUCUUAUUUAUUUCACUUGUACAUUUUCUCUCUCAAGACUAGUUUUAUGUAAAUAGAACCACCUUAUUGCUCUUAAGGCUGGCUAGUGACAAUGUACAGUGUAUAUACUUAAACUGCCACCUUGCAAAUAUUUUAUAAUGCAUAUACUUGUAACUAAUUGCAAAUGUUUAUUUUAACUUUCAUACAACAAUGUUAAGAGAAGCUGGCUGCAGCAGAGGCUCAUGGUUGCUUUGAGGUACUUAUUUUUCCCCCUUAUCUGCUGCCCCCAAUAUGUAUAAUAUUAAAUACCUGUAACAGUAUUAAAAUUUAGGCAUUGGUUGGUUUCUACUGUGCAAUUGGGGUUACAGGGGAAAAAAGAGAAAUGCAACACUUCUACUUUUUAUACAAAAACUAACACUUAUUUUUAUAAUGUGGGGUAUAAUGAAUACUGAUAUGGACCAAAACCAUUUUAUUAUGCAGAAGCAUCACUGUCUGCCACAACCUCAGUUUGUUCAUACAUUUCUCUAUAUGAAUUCUGAACUGGUAAUGUGUUCUGAACAUUCAGAAGGAGCAUAGAAAUACAGAUUAUAACUUUGUAUAUUUUUCCAGGGGACAAGGUCAAAUUGUCUUUUAAUGGAUAAAUGUAACUAGAUAAGUUUUAUUACUGUUGCUUAGACUUUGCCAUUAGUACUGGUACAUGUGCAAUAACUUUCAAAUAAAUGACGAAGGGUGGAAAUGAGGUAACAAUCCAUACUUCUUGUUAGUUUG